CCAUUACCACCAGACAGGAAGGUAUGACCACUCUGACAUGUUACCAAGGUAACCCCAUUACCACCAGACAGGAAGGUAUGACCACUCUGACAUGUUACCAAGGUAACCCCAUUACCACCAGACAGGAAGGUAUGACCACUCUGACAUGUUACCAAGGUAACCCCAUUACCACCAGACAGGAAGGUAUGACCACUCUGACAUGUUACCAAGGUAACCCCAUUACCACCAGACAGGAAGGUAUGACCACUCUGACAUGUUACCAAGGUAACCCCAUUACCACCAGACAGGAAGGUAUGACCACUCUGACAUGUUACCAAGGUAACCCCAUUACCACCAGACAGGAAGGUAUGACCACUCUGACAUGUUACCAAGGUAACCCCAUUACCACCAGACAGGAAGGUAUGACCACUCUGACAUGUUACCAAGGUAACCCCAUUACCACCAGACAGGAAGGUAUGACCACUCUGACAUGUUACCAAGGUAACCCCAUUACCACCAGACAGGAAGGUAUGACCACUCUGACAUGUUACCAAGGUAACCCCAUUACCACCAGACAGGAAGGUAUGACCACUCUGACAUGUUACCAAGGUAACCCCAUUACCACCAGACAGGAAGGUAUGACCACUCUGACCAUGUUUUCCAAGGUAACCCAUUACCACCACAACAGGGAAGGUAUGACCACUCUGACAUGUUACCAAGGUAACCCCAUUACCACCAGACAGGAAGGUAUGACCACUCUUGACAUGUACCAAGGUAAACCCCAUUACCACCAGACAGGAAAAGGGAUGACCACUUGACAUGUUACCAAGGUAACCCCAUUACCACCACACAGGAAGGUAUGACCACUCUGACAUGUUACCAGGUAACCCCAUUACCACCAGACAGGAAGGUAUGACCCCUCUGACAUGUUACCAAGGUAACCCCAUUACCCCCAAACAGGAAGGUAGACCACUCUGACAUGGGUUUCCAAGGGAACCCCAUUACCACCAGACAGGAAGGUUUUGACACUCUGACUGUUACCCAAGGUAACCCCAUUUACCACCAGACAGGAAGGUAUGACCACUCUGAACAUGUUACCAAGGUAACCCCAUUACCACCAGACAGGAAGGGGAUGACCACUCUGACAUGUUACCAAGGUAACCCCAUUACCACCAGACAGGAAGGUUUGACCACUCUGACAUGUUACCAAGGUAACCCCAUUACCACCAGACAAAAUGCAGAUAGUCACAGUAUCUGUAUCGGCUGUGAAUGACAAUGAAAGAUGGAAGGUGAACAUUGUUAUAUUAGCAGAACACUGCUUCUAUGGUAUUAUGUAAAGGGUUGUUUAUUCUACAUGGACCUGUUACUACAUUUGAAAAUUAUCAAAACACUUAGUUUAGAAUAUGUACAUAAAUUCAGCAAUUCUCAUAUUACUCUGUAGGCGACUGACCUAUUCAAAGCUUCCUCUGGCUACUCACCAUACAUCUCCCUGUAGUUAUUGAACUCAACCUGCAGGAGGUUUGUUUGUUGUGAUUGAGUUGGGGGAAACAGCUGCAGGCAAGGUUCUGACAGGGACACACCCAAGACACACCCCCAUCAAACCACACCCCCAAGCCAGCUCACGUUUGGCUUCUGUCAUGGCUAAAUCAGGCUAAAUCAGCAGUUGCAGUUCCCUUUAAGUGACAAAAAGAGUCAUAUUAUUGCAGUGGUUUUGUAUUGCCAUCUAGUGUACUUUUACUAAACACUGAGUUUACACUGACGUCGUCCAUGCCCUUCCUGCAAUACCGUAACCUCACCAAUAGGUGUCAGCGAAGUACUACAUAUUACUGUAUUAUAGCAUGAUAGGUAAUGUCCAACCUGCUUUUAUCAUAGUCACAUAGGGGCAAUUUACUGUCUGUAAACCUUGAUUUGCUGGUUUACAAUCUAGAUAGACAGCAGUGGGAGAGAUGUGUCUAUGGCCAGAGAGGGAUAUAUGUCUCUAUAGCCAGAGAGGGAGAUAUGUCUCUAUGGCCAGAGAGGGAGAUAUGUCUCUAUGGCCAGAGAGGGAGAUAUGUCUCUAUAGCCAGAGAGGGAGAGAUGUCUCUAUAGCCAGAGAGGGAGAUAUGUCUCUAUGGCCAGAGAGGGAGAUAUGUCUCUAUGGCCAGAGAGGGAGAUAUGUCUCUAUAGCCAGAGAGGGAGAUAUGUCUCUAUAGCCAGAGAGGGAGAGAUGUCUCUAUAGCCAGAGAGGGAGAUAUGUCUCUAUAGCCAGAGAGGAGAUAUGUCUCUAUAGCCAGAGAGGGAGAUAUUUCUCUAUAGCCAGAGAGGGAGAUAUGUGUCUAUAGCCAGAGAGGGAGGUAUGUCUCUAUAGCCAGAGAGGAGAUAUGUCUCUAUAGCCAGAGAGGGAGAUAUGUGUCUAUAGCCAGAGAGGGAGGUAUGUCUCUAUAGCCAGAGAGGGAGAUAUGUGUCUAUGGCCAGAGAGGGAGAUAUGUGUCUAUGAUAGCCUGCGUACCAACCUGUUUCUACCUGAACAGGCUAUCAUGCUGGUACGAAGGCUAUCAGGCUGGUACGCAGGCUAUCAGGAUGGUACGCAGGCUAUCAGGCUGGUAUGCAGGCUAUCAGGCUGGUAUGCAGGCUAUCAGGAUGGUAUGCAGGCUAUCAGGAUGGUACGCAGGCUAUCAGGCUGGUAUGCAGGCUAUCAGGCUGGUAUGCUGGCUAUCAGGAUGGUACGCAGGCUAUCAGGAUGGUACGCAGGCUAUCAGGCUGGUAUGCAGGCUAUCAGGAUGGUACGCAGGCUAUCAGGUUGAUACGCAGGCUCUCAGGUAUGGACCGACAGAGAGGGCUGCCUUACUUCUAGCUCUUAGGAAACUUUGCAGUAUUUUGUUUUAUUAUGUAUUAUUUCUUACGUUAUUAGCCCAAAACAUUGUAUGUGUUAUUACUCGGGAUAUACUGUCCGAGUCAGUCCAGCCAGUUGGGUUCUCAGUUCAUCGCACAGACAGGAAUAAAUAUCUCUCCGGGAAGCAGAAGGGCGGAGAUGUAUGUUUUAUGAUUAACGACUCAUGGUGGAAUUGUGAUAACAUACAGGAACUCGAGUCCUUCUGUUCCCCCGACCUAGAAUACCUCACAAUCAAAUGCCGACCGUAUUAUCUCCCAAGAGAAUUCUCUUCGGUUAUAGUCACGGCCGUGUAUAUCCCCCCUCAAGCCGAUACCACGACGGCCCUCAAUGAACUUCACUGGACUUUAUGAAAACUGGAACCACAUAUCCUGAGGCUGCAUUUAUUGUAGCUGGGGAUUUUAACAAAGCAAAUUUGAGGAAAAGGCUACCGAAGUUCUAUCAACACAUUGACUGUAGUACUCGCGCUGGUAAAACACUUGACCACUGCUACUCCAACUUCCCGGAUGCAUACAAGGCCCUCCCCUGCCCUCUUUUCGGCAAAUCUGACCACGAUUCCAUUUUGCUCCUCCCUUCCUAUAGGCAGAAACUCAAACAGGAAGUACCCGUCCUAUGGACUAUUCAACGCUGGUCUGACCAAUCGGAAUCUACGCUUCAAGAUUGUUUUGAUCACGCGGACUAGGAUAUGUUCCGGGUAGCUUCAGAGAAUAAUAUUGACGUAUAUACUAAUACGGUGACUGAGUUCAUCAGGAAGUGUAUACGACAUGUUGUACCCACUGUGACUAUUAAAACCUACCCUAACCAGAAACCGUGGAUAGAUGGCAGCAUUCGCGCAAAACUGAAAGUGCGAACCAUCGCAUUUAACCAUGGCAAGGUGACUGGGAAUAUGGCAGAAUACAAACAGUGUAGUUAUUCCCUCCGCAAGGCAAUCAAACAGGCAAAACGUCAGUAUAGGGACAAAGUGGAGUCGCAAUUCAACGGCUCAGACACGAGACGCAUGUGGCAGGGUCUACAGACAAUCACAGACUACAAAAGGAAAACCAGUAACGUCAAGGACACCGACGUCUUGCUUCCGGACAAGCUAAACAUCUUCUUCGGCUGCUUUGAGGAUAAUACAGUGCCACCGACGCGGCCCGCUACCAAGGACUGUGGGCUCUCCUUCUCCGUGGCCGACAUUUAAGCGUGUUAACCCUCGCAAGGCUGCCGGCCCAGAUGGCAUCCCUAGCCGCGUCGUCAGAGCAUGCGCAGACCAGCUGGCUGGUGUGUUCAAGUACAUAUUCAAUCUCUCCCUAUCCCAGUCUGCUGUCCCCACAUGCUUCAAGAUGGCCACCAUUGUCCCUGUACCCAAGAAAGCAAAGGUAACUGAACUAAAUGACUAUCGCCCUGUAGCACUUACCUCUGUCAUCAUGAAGUGCUUUGAGAGACUAGUCAAGGAUCAUAUCACCUCUACCUUACCUGUCACCCUAGACCCACUUCAAUUUGCUUACCGCCCCAAUAGAUCCACAGACGAUGAUAUCGCCAUCACACUGCACACUGCCCUAUCCCAUCUGGACAAGAGGAAUACCUAUGUAAGAAUGCUGUUCAUUGACUAUAGUUCAGAAUUCAACACCAUAGUACCCUCCAAGCUCAUCAUUAAGCUCAAGGCCCUGGGUCUGAACCGCGCCCUGUGCAACUGGGUCCUGGACUUCCUGACGGGCCGCCCCCAGGUGGUGAAGGUAGGAAACAACACCUCCACUUCGCUGAUCCUCAACAUUGGGGCCCCUCAGGGGUGCGUGCUCAGCCCCCUCCUGUACUCCCUGUUCACCCAUGACUGCAUGGCCAAGCACGCCUCCAACUCAAUCAUCAAGGUUGCAGACGACACAACAGUAGUAGGCUUGAUUACCAACAAUGACAAGACAGCCUAAAAGGGAGGAGGUGAGGGCUCUGGGAGUGUGGUGCCAGGAAACAACCUCUCAUUCAACAUCAACAAGACAAAGGAGAUGAUCAUGGACUUCAGGAAACAGCAGAGGGAGUACCCCCCCUAUCCACAUCGACAGGACCGCAAUGGAGAAGAUGCACAAUUGAGAGCAUCCUGUCGGGCUGUAUCACCGCCUGGUACGGCAACUGCACCGCCCGCAACCGCAGGGAUCUCCAGAGGGUGGUGUGGUCUGCCCAACGCAUCGCCGGGGGCAAACUACCUGCCCUCCAAGACACCUACAGCACCCGAUGUCACAGGAAGGUCAAAAAGAUAAUCAAGGACAACAACCACCCGAGCCACUGCCUGUUCACCCUGCUAUCAUCCAGAAGGCGAGGUCAGUACAGGUGCAUCAAAGCUGGGACCGAGAGACUGAAAAACAGCUUCUAUCUCAAGGUCAUCAGACUGUUAAACAGCCAUCACUAGCACAUUAGAGGCUGCUGCUACCUAUUGAAAUCACUGGCCACAUUAAGAAAUGGAACACUAGUCACUUUAAUAAUGUUUACAUAUCUUGCACUCCUCAUCUCAUAUGUAUAUACUGCAUUCUAUUCUGUAAUAUUCUUCUGUAUCUUAGUCUAUGCCGCUCUGACAUUGCUCGUCCAUAUAUUUAUUUAUAUAUUCUUAUUUCCAUUGCUUUACUUAGAUUUGUAUGUAUUGGGUAUAUGUUGUAAAAUUGUUAGAUAUUACUUGUUAGAUAUUACUGCACUGUCGGAGCUAGAAACACAAGCAUUUCACUACCCCCGCAAUAACAUCUGCUAAAUCUUUGCGAAUGUAUUAAAAAUAAAAAACGGAAAUACCGUAUUUAUGUAAGUAUUCAGACCCUUUGCUAUGAGAUUUGAAAUUGAGCUCAGGUGCAUCCUGUUUCCAUUGAUUAUCCUUGAGAUAUUUCUACAAAUUGAUUGGAGUCCACCUGUGGUAAAUUCAAUUGAUUGGACAUGAUUUGGAAAGGCACACACCUUUUUAUAUAAUGUCCCACAGUUGACAAUGCAUGUCAAAGCAAAAACUAAGCCAUGAAGUUGAAGGAAUUUUCCGUAGAGCUCCGAGACAGGAUUGUGUCGAGGCACAGAUCUGGGGAAGGGUACCCAAACAUUUCUGCAGCAUUGAAGGUCCCCAAGAACACAGUGGCCUCCAUCAUUCUCAAAUGGAAGAAGUUUGGAACCACCAAGACUCUUCCUAAAGCUGGCCGCCCGGCCAAACUGAGCAAUCGGGGGAGAAGGGCCUUCGUAAGGGAGGUGACCAAGAACCCGAUGGUCACUCUGACAGAGCUCCAGAGUUCCUCUGUGGAGAUGGGAGAACCUUCCAGAAGGACAACCAUCUCUGCAGCACUCCAUCGAUCAGGCCUUUCUGGUAGAGUGGCCAGACGGAAGCCACUCCUCAGUAAAAGGCACAUGACAACCCGCUUGGAGUUUGCCAAAAGGCACUUAAAGGACUCAGACCAUGAGAAACAAGAUUCUCUGGUCUGAUGAAACCAAGAUUGAACUCUUUGGCCUGAAUGCCAAGCGUAACGUCUGGAGGAAACCUGGCACCAUCCCUACGGUGAAGCAUGGUGAUGGCAGCAUCAUGCUGUGGGGUUGCUUUUCAGUGGCAGGGACUGGGAGACUAGUCAGGAUCAAGGGAAAUAUUAACAGAGUAAAGUACAGAGAGAUCCUUGAUGAAAACCUGCUCCAGAGCGCUCAGGACCUCAGACUGGGGCGAAGGUUAACUUUCCAACAGGACAAUGACUCUAAGCACACAGCCAAGACAACACAAGAGUGGCUUCAGGACAAGUCUCUGAAUGUCCUUGAGUGGCCCAGCCAGAACCCAGACUUGAACCCGAUCGAACAUCUCUGGAGAGACCUGAAAAUAGCUGUGUAGCGACGCUCCCCAUCCAACCUGACAGAGUUUGAGAGGAUCUGCAGAGAAGAAUGGGAGAAACUCCCCAAAUACAGGUGUGCCAAGCUUGUAGCAUCAUACCCAAGAAGACUCAAGGCUUUAAUCGCUGCCAAAGGUGCUUCAACAAAGUACUGAGUGAAGGGUCUGAAUACUUAUGUAAAUGUGAUAUUUCAGUUUAUUUUAUUAUAUAAAUUAGUACAAAAAUCUAAAAACCUGUUCGUUAGGGGAUAUUGUGUGUAGAUUGAUGAAGGGGAAAAAACAAUGUAAUCAAUUUAAGAAUAAGGCUGUAAUGUGACAAAAUGUGGAAAAAGUCAAGGGGUCUGAAUACUUUCCGAAUGCACUGUAUGUGUGACUGUCUGACUCACCUGUCCAUCAACAACCAACCAUCCCAAACCGUCAAUGAAACUGAGUAAAAGUUAAUGUACAUGUACACACACACACUCACCCACACACACACACACCAACACACACACACCACACCACACACUCACCCACACACACCACUCACCCACACACACACCACACACACACACACACACUCACCACACACACACACACACACACACCACACCGACACCUCACACCACACACACACACACACACACCACACAAACACACACACCACACCACAAACACACACCACACCUCACCCACACCACAAACACCACACACACACUCACCACCAACGACACUCACCCCACACACACACCACCCACCACACACCCUCACCCACACACACACCACACACCACACACCAACACACACACAAACCCAAAACACUCACCCCACACACACACACACACCCACACCCCCACACCACCACCACCCACCCCACACAACACACCACCCCACCACCCACACACACACACAACACACACAAACACCACACUCACCCCCACCACACACACACACACACACACACACUCCCCACACCACACUCACCCACACACACCCACCCCCACACACACAAACACACCACCACUCACCCCACACACAACACCAACACCACAAACCCACACUCACCCCCACACACACAAACACCAAACCACACUCACCCACCACACACAACCCCCACCACACACCACCCCACCCACCCACACACACACACCACCACCUCCCACACACACAACAUACCAACACCUCUCACUCCCCCAAUCACCACCCCCCACACCAUCCCCCUCCCCCCAUCACUAAAACAUCACCCCUCACUUCAACACCUCCCUACCCUCCGUCCUAUUUGUCUCCCCACUACCCCAAUACCCCGACACCUACCCCCCGACAUGCCCUUUGCCUAUCCCCAUCCCCCACCCCUCCCUACUUGAAUCCCUUACUCCAAUCUAACAAGCCGUGCAUGUGUUAUAAUUCUGUUCCUGCUUAUCACCGCUGUAUGUGUGUGUGUCUGUUUGUGUUUUGACAUGUGGUGUGUAGGUGUGUGUGUGCGUUGUCGUGUGGUAUGAGUGGGCAUGUGUGUGUGCGUGUGUGUGUGUGUGUGCGUGUGUGUGUGUGUUUGUAUAUGAAUGUGUGUGUGCAUGUGUGUGUGUGUGUGUGUGUUUGUAUGUGUGUGUGUGUGUGUGUGUGUGCGUGUCUGUGCAUGAGUGGGCAUGUGUGUGUGCGUGUGUGUGUGUGUGUGUGUGUGUGUGUGUGUGUGUGUGUGUGUGUGUGUGUGCGUGCGUGUGUGUGUGUGUGUGUGUGUGUGUGUGCGUGCGCAUGUACAACAUUCGGAGAGUGCGACCCUGCCUUACACAGGAAGCGGCGCAGGUCCUGGUCCAGGCACUUGUCAUCUCCCGUCUGGACUACUGCAACUCGCUGUUGGCUGGGCUCCCUGCCUGUGCCAUUAAACCCCUACAACUCAUCCAGAAUGCCGCAGCCCGUCUGGUGUUCAACCUUCCCAAGUUCUCUCACGUCACCCCCCUCCUCCGCACACUCCACUGGCUUCCAGUUGAAGCUCGCAUCCGCUACAAGACCAUGGUGCUUGCCUAUGGAGCAGUGAGGGGAACGGCACCUCUCUACCUUCAGGCUCUGAUCAGUCCCUACACCCAAACGAGGACAUUGCGUUCAUCCACCUCUGGCCUGCUGGCUCCCCUUCCUCUGCGGAAGCAUAGCUCCCGCUCAGCCCAGUCAAAACUGUUCGCUGCUCUGGCACCCCAAUGGUGGAACAAGCUCCCUCACGACGCCAGGACAGCGGAGUCACUCACCACCUUCCGGAGACAUUUGAAACCCCACCUCUUUAAGGAAUACCUGGGAUAGGAUAAAGUAUUCCUUCUAACCCCCCCCCCCCCCCAAAUUGUAAAGUGGUUAUCCCACUGGCUAUAGGGUGAACGCACCAAUUUGUGAGUCGCUCUGGCUAAGAGCGUCUGCUAAAUGACGUUAAUGUGCCCUUGAGCAAGGCACUUAACCCUAAUUGCUCCUGUAAGUCGCUCUGGUUAAGAGCGUCUGCUAAAUGACUAAAAUGUAAAAUGUAAAUGUAAUCUGCUGAUCGGCCACUGAGGACAGACACUUGAACUUGAGCCUAGAGGUCAUUUCAGUCCAAGAGAGAGAACAGGAUCAGAUGAACAGGAUCAGACAGUGGAAGGGUUUUCCCCUAAGUACCCAUGUACAGCAAGCUGCGACCCUUAACACUAAUACUCUUGAUUCAAAUAAUACUGUGAAAUUGUGAAAAUUAUGACAAUGUCCUUUUAGUUGAAGAGCUGUUUGAAAAGACUACCUGAAAUUUCAGCCUGUUUUGGUGGGAUGGAGUUUUUGCCUGUCUGGUGACAUCACCAGGUGGUAAAUUAGUUAAUAGACCAAUAACAAAGAGAGUUUCCAAACCUCUCUGCCAAUAACAGCUAGUUUUCAGUUUUCCCCCCUCCCCCACUCAGACCCCUCGCAGACAGUCCCAGCAAAAUUGUUGCUUGAGAAAUUGCUCUUGCUAAGAAGCAAUUUUGUAUGGAUUUUUUUUGACCAUUUUAACAGCAUGCAUUCACAGCAAGGUACUUAAUUGUUACCCAGAAAUGAUUUGAUAUUGAGAUAAAAACGCCUGCGUUAGACCUUUAAGGCUUUAGGAAUCAAACCAAUAUGAGAUUAACAUUAAGCAAGACAGUUGAACUAACCUCAUGAGGCGUGUAUCAGUUAUAUUCUUCCAGAAAUCAAUGGCCAUACAUAUCAUUCAUGUAAAAUACAAAAAAAAAUGGAUGUACCAAUGUCAGAUUUUCCUCAGGGUUGUAUGAAGUCACAGUAUUGUGCUGGAUUGUUGUAGAACAUGUGCAGUGGGUCUGGCAGCAAGCAUCACACCAUGGGAAAAUACACUGAAGCUUUUACCGCUACCCUCCUGGUCACUGCUGUGUGUUGACGACAGCAUGGAGAAGUUAGCUUAGGGCGGCAGGUAGAUGAGUGGGUAAGAGAGUUGUGCCAGUAACCGGAAGGUCGCUGGUUCUAAUCCCAGAGCCGACUAGGUGAAAAAUCUGUCGAUGUGCCCUUAAGCAAGGCACUUAAACCCUAAAUGCUCAUGUAAGUCGCUCUGGAUAAGAGCGUCUGCUAAAAUGUAAAUGUAAGUUCUGAUACGACUACUUACAGAGUCGAAAUCACAAACACUCUUCUGUUACGGAUUCCCCUCGCUUGUGAGUUUUAGAACUCCAUGCAGCUCACUCCAACCAUCCCCCAACAGUGCCAGAGAGACUAGGGCAGGUGUCUCCAACCCUGUUCCUGGAGAGCGACCAUGCUGUAAGGUUUUCGCUCCAAACCCAGUUGUAAAUAAACCUGGUUCAGCUCAUUAGAAUCAGGUGUGCCACAUUAUGGUUGUGGUGAAAACCCACACAACGGUUGCUCUCCGGGAACAGGGUUGAUAAACUGGCUCCCCAAACUCCCAGUCACCUCUGCUUCCAGGCCACUGAUAGGUUGCUAGGGGGGGGUAGCUAGGGGGCAGGACACCUGACAGUCCUUCUGCCUGCUCAGGUCAAAGCCUCCUCAGUCUCUCUCCGAGCGUGUGGACAGAAGAGCGCGUGGACAGAAGUCCUUUGCUUAUGUCACUAUGUCCUUAUGCAGUCAAUAUUAAUAUAUAUGUCCUUAUACAGUCAAUAUUAUUAUAUAUCUGCUUAUACAGUCAAUAUUAUUAUAUAUGUCCUUAUACAGUCAAUAUUAUUAUAUAUGUCCUUAUACAGUCAAUAUUAUUAUAUAUCUCCAUUUACAAAAUAGCCUCCAACACUUUACUCAGCAAAUUGGAUGUAGUCUAUCACAGUGCCAUCCGUUUUGUCACCAAAGCCCCAUAUACUACCCACCACUGUGACCUGUACGCUCUCAUUGGCUGGCCCUCACUACAUAUUCGUCGCCAAACCCACUGGCUCCAGGUCAUCUAUAAAUCUCUGCUAGGCAAAUCCCCGCCUUAUCUUAGCUCAUUGGUCACCAUAGCAACACCCACCCGUAUUAUGCGCUCCAGCGGGUAUAUCUCACUGGUCAUCCCCAAAGCCAACACCUCCUUUGGCCACCAUUCCUUCCAGUUCUCUGCUGCCAAUGACUGGAACAAAUUGCAAAAAUCUCUGAAGCUGGAGACACUUAUCUCGCUCACUAACUUUAAGCAUCGGUUGUCAGAGCAGCUUACUGAUCACUGCACCUGUACACAGCCCAUCUGAAAUUAGCCCGCCCAACUACCUCAUCCCUAUAUUGUUAUUUAUUUAGCUAAUUUGCACCCCAGUAUCUCUAUUUGCACAUCAUCUUCUGCACAUCUAUCAUUCCUGUGUUAAUACUAAAUUGUAAUUACUUUGCACUAUGGCCUAUUUAUUGCCUUACCUCCUUAACUUACUACAUUCGCACACACUGUAUAUAUAUUUUCUGUUGUAUUUUUGACUUUAUGUUUUGUUUUAUUCCAUAUGUAACUCUGUGUUGUUGUUUUUAUCGCACUGCUUUGCUUUAUCUUGGCCAGGUCGCAGUUGUAAAUGAGAACUUGUUCUCAACUGGCUUACCUGGUUAAAUAAAGGUUAAUAAAAAAAAAUUUAAAAAAUUAUACAAUCGAUAUUAUUAUAUAUCUCCUUAUACAGUCAAUAUUAUUAUAUAUGUCCUUAUACAGUCAAUAUUAUUACAUAUGUCCUUAUACAGUCAAUAUUAUUAUAUAUCUCCUUAUACAGUCAAUAUAUUGUGGUCCUCUGUAGCUCAGCUGGUAGAGCACGGCGCUUGUAACACCAAGGUAGUGGGUUCAAUCCCCGGGACCACCCAUACACAAAAAUGUAUGCACGCACGACUGUAAGUCGCUUUGGAUAAAAGCGUCUGCUAAAUGGCUUAUUAUUGUAUGUCUUGUGCUAUUAUCUUUACCCUUUUUUCCUUCCCAAUUGGUAGUUACAGUCCUGUCCCAUCGCUGCAACUCCUGUAUGGACUCGGUCGAGAGCCACCCUGCCAAGCCACACUGCUAGCUUAACCCGGAAGCCAGCUGCACAAAUGUGUCGUAGGAAACACCGCCCAGCAGGCGCCCGGCCCGCCACAAGAAGUGCGAUGGGACAAGGAAAUCCAGGCCGGCCAAACCAAACGACGCUGGGCCAAUUGUGCGCCGCCUCAUGGGUCUCCCGGUCACGGCCGGCUGUGACACAGCCUGGGAUCGAACCCGGGUCUGUAGUGACGUCUCAAGGACUGCGUGUCACGCCCUGACUCUGGGGACUCUUAUUUGUUGAGUCAGGGUGUGAUUUUCUAUGUUGUAUUUUCUAUGUUUGUGAUCUAGUAUGUCUAGAUCUAUGUUGGCAGGUGUGGUUCCCAAUCAGAGGCAGCUGUCGCUCGUUGUCUCUGAUUGGGGAGCAUACUUAGGCAGCCUAUUGGCAAUUAGGUGUUGUGGGAUCUUGUUCAGUGUGAGGUUUGUUGUGUGUACCUUAGGACGUCACGUAUCGUUGGUUUAUUGUUUUGUCGUUGUGUUUAUUCGUUAAAUAAACAUGUAUGCAUAUCACGCUGCGCCUUGGUCUGACCCGUCUAUGAACGAACGUGACAGAAGAUCCCACCAAACACGGACCAAGCAGCGUGCCUAGGCGGCGAGAGUAGCCAUGUCACAGGUGGGCAAUUGGUGGUCAUGGGAGGAGAUAUUUGCGGGGAAAGGGCCAUGGGCGAAGGUAGGUGCCCAGGCAGGAGAGGAGCAACGGCAACACAGAGGAAGCCGUUCGAGGAAGAAGCCCGAGAGACAGCCCCAAGAAAAAAAAAUUGGGGGGCUAAAAGGGUGGAUGGCGGAGCCCAGUGUUAGAGUAGAGCCAACUCCCCGUACUCACGCGAGGAAGCGUGUGACUGGGCAGGCUCCGUGUAAUGCGAAGCUACGUACUGUGUCGCCAGUGUGCCGGCACAGUCCUGUUCGUCCUGUGCUAGCACCACGCACGUGCCGUGCGAAGAUGUGCAUCCAGCCAGGACGGGGUGUGCCGGCUCAACGCUCCUGGUCUCCAGUACUUCUCCUCGGUACCGCAUAUCCUGCGCCGGUUCUACGUACUCUAUCUCCAGUGCGCGUGCACAGCCCUGUGCGUCCUGUGCUAAUGCCUCACACAUACUGUGCGGAAGUAGGCAUCCAGCCAGGACGGGUUGUGCCAGCUCUCCGCUUCAGACCUCCAGUCCGCCUCCACAGUCCGGUACGGCCCGUGCCUGCUCCCCGCACGAAACCAGUGGUGCGUGUUCCCAGCCCGGCCCGGCCUGUUCCUGCUCCUAGCACCAAGCCAGUGGUGCGCGUCGCCAGUCCGGCCCGGCCUGUUCCCGCUCCUCGCACAAAGCCAGUGGUGCGUGUCGCCAGUCCGGCCCGGCCUGUUCCUGCUCCUCGCACCAAGCCAGUGGUGUGCGUCGCCAGCCCGGCCCGACCUGGCCUAUUCCUGAUCCUCACAACAAGCCAGUGGUGCGCGUCGCAAGCCCGGCCCGGCCUGUUCCUGCUCCUCGCACCAAGCCAGUGGUGCGCGUCGCCAGCCCGGACGGCCUGUACCUGCUCCUCGCAUCAAGCCAGUGGUGCGCGUCGCCAGCCCGGCCCGGCCUGUUCCUGCUCCUCGCACCAAGCCAGUGGUGCGCGUCGCCAGUCUGGCCCGGCCUGUUCCCGCACCUCGCACCAAGCCAGUGGUGCGUGUCGCCAGUCCGGCCCGGCCUGUUCCUGCUCCUCGCACCAAGCCAGUGGUGCAUGUUUCUAGUCCGGUUCGGCCCGUGCCUGCUCCUCGCACCAGACCAGUGGUGAGUGUGUCCAGUCCGGCACGGCCCGUGCCCGUUCCACCGGUGCCUGGUCCGGCACCAGUCAGCAGCUCCAGUCCGGAGCCAGAGCAGUCCGCUCCACCGGUGCCUGAUCCAGCUCCGGUCAGCUGCUCCAGUCCGGAGCCAGAGCAGUCCGCUCCACCGGUGCCUGAUCCAGCUCCGGUCAGCUGCUCCACUCCGGAGCCAGAGCAGUCCACUCCACCGGGGUCCAGUCCAGCUCCAGUCAGCGGCUCCACUCCGGAGCCAGAGCAGUCCGCUCCACCGGUGCCUGAUCCAGCUCCGGUCAGUGGCUCCACUCCGGAGCCAGAGCAGUCCGCUCAACCGGGGUCUAGUCCAGAUCCGGUCAGCGGCUCCACUCCGAAGCCAGAGCAGUCCGCUCCACCGGUGCCCAGUCCAGCUCCGGUCAGCGGCUCCAGUCCAGACCCAGAAGUCAGCCCCUCUCCAGGUUCGGGGUCUCCCACACCAGGGUCCAGACAGGGCUUGGAGUAUAGUGGGAGGAAGGAGAGGGGAAGCAGCGCGCCGAGGUCCAGACCUGACCAGGGGCGCAACAGGGAGGCGGAGAAUAGGUGGUUGUCACGCCUGGAGCCGGAUCCGCCUCCGAGGCGGAAUGCCCACCCGGCCCCUACCCGGCUAUGUUUAUGUUGUGUGUGUGAACAUGUUUAACUAUUCUUGUGGGGACUUCUGGUAGUAAACAAACACAAAUCUGACCAACUGGGGACAUUUUGUUAGUCCCCAAGAGGUCAAAUGCUAUUUCUUGGGAGUUUAGGGUGAAGGUUAGAAUUAUUGUUUGGGUUAGACUUGUGUUAAGGUUUAGGGUUAGGAGCUAGGGUUAGUUUUAGGGUUAGGGUUAGGAGCUAGGGUUAGGGUUAAGGUUAGCUUUUUGGGUUAAGGUUAGGGUUAGGGUUAAGGUUAGGGUUAGGGUAAGGGUAUGGGUAUGGGUUAGGGUUAGGGUUAGGGUUAGGGUUUAGGGAAAAUAGGAUUUUGAAUGGGACUGAAUUGUGUGUCCCCACAAUGUUAGUUGUACAAGACUGUCUGUGUGUGUGUGUGUGUGUGUGUGUGUGUGUGUGUGUGUGUGUGUGUGUGGUGUGUGUGUGUGUGUGUGUGUGUGUGCGUCCAUCCUUCGUGAUUUUCCAUCCCACCAUCCCACAUGUACAGUAUAUCUCUCUGCUUGGCUGCAAGCACAGAGGGCUUGAAAUAUCAGACGGAGUCAGAAUAUCCCGCAUAGCAUUCCUCUCACACACACACACACACACCAACACACACACACACACACACACACACACACACACACACACACACACACACACACACACACACACACACACACACACACACACACACACACACACACACACACACACACACACACACACACACACACACACACACACACACACACACACACACACACACACACACACACACACACACACACACACACACACACACACACACACACACACAGACACACACAGAGAACAAGAAUAUAAACACUCCCACAGUACUUAGAGCCCUAAGCCGGCUCAGGUGGUCAGACAUGUGCGCUCGUCUGUUCCUGUGUGUCUGUAUGUCCUCGUGACUGGUUGCAUUUGUUUCCAUAAGGCCAGUGUCAGGUACAGCCUGAUAGCAGUCAGUUCAUGAGAUCGUGUUGGUUUAGUAUAGAGAUGAGAGAGAAAACAGAACCACCGCAGAGAGGCAGAGUAAAAGGAGCCUCUGAGAAAGUUCUGGAUUUUGGGGUCAAGAUCAGCCACGCUUUGUGAAACCUGUGUGAAAAUAUUGUACGCCGGGGUGAGCAAGUUACAACCCUGGUCCUCGAGGACCGCACUGAUUGUUCCAGCCCAGCAUUAACACACAUUUAUGUCAUUUAGCAGACGCUCUUAUCCAGAGCGACUUACAAAUUGGUGCAUUCACCUUAUGAUAGCCAGUGGGACAACCACUUUACAAUUUAGUUUUUUAGUUUUUUUCUAAAUAUAUUUUUGUUAAUGUUUUUCUUUUUUUCUUUUUUAGAGUAUAUUCUUAAUUUCCAUUCAAAAAAAAAAAAAUUCAAAUCUUUUUUUAUUUUUUUAUUUGUAUCAUUUGUUUUCAUUUUUGUUUUUUUAUUAUUAUUUUUGUUUUAUUCUUUAAUUUUUUGGUGGGGGGGGGCACAUUUGUGUUACCUGAAUAUGACCAAUUCUUUUUAGCAUAGACUGACCAAUAGAUUGUGAUAACAUGUUGUACUGACCAAUAGAGCAUGUAUGUACAGUACCAGUCAAAAGUUUGGACACACCUACUCAUUCCAUUUUUUUUAUUUUUUGUUUACUAUUUUCUACAUUGUAGAAUAAUAGUGAAGAUUCCAAAAAUAUGAAAUAACACAAAUGGAAUCAUGUAUUAACCAAAAAAGUGUUAAACAAAACAAAAUAUAUUUUAUAUUUGAGAUUCUUCAAAUAGCCACCCUUUGCCUUAAUGACAGCUUUGCACACUCUUGGCAUUCUCUCAACCAGCUUCACCUGGAAUGCUUUUCCAACAGUCCUGAAGGAGUUCCUACAUAUGCUGAGCACAUGUUAGCCUCUUUUCCUUCACUCUGCGGUCCGACUCAUCCCAAACAAUCUCAAUUGGGUUGAGGUCGGGGGAUUGUGGAGGCCAGGUCAUCUGAUGUAGCACUCCAUCUCUCUCCUUCUUGGUAAAAUAGCCCUUACACAGCCUGGAGGUGUGUUGGGUCAUUGUCCCGUUGAAAAAACAAAUGAUAGUCCCACUAAGCCCAAACCAGAUGGGAUGGUGUAUCGCUGCAGAAUGCUGUGGUAGCCAUUCUGGUUAAGUGUGCCUUAAAUUCUAAAUAAAUCACAGACAGUGUCACCAGCAAAGCACCCCAACACCAUACCACCUCUUCCUCCAUGCUUUACGGUGGGAAAUACACAUGCAGAGAUCAUCCGUUCACCCACACCGCAUCUCACAAAGCAACGGCGGUUGGAACCAAACAUUUCCAAUUUGGACUCCAGACCAAAGGACACAUUUCCACCGGUCUAAUGUCCAUUGCUCGUGUUUCUUGGCCCAAGCAAGUCUCUUCUUGUUAUUGGUGUCAUUUAGUAGUGGUUUCUUUGCAGCAAUUCGACCAUGAAGGCCUGAUUCACACAGUCUCCUCUGAACAGUUGAUGUUGAGAUUUGUCUGUUACUUGAACUCUGUGAAGCAUUUAUUUGGGCUGCAAUUUCUGAGGCUGGUAACUCUAAUGAACUUAUCCUCUGCAGCAGAGGUAACUCUGGGUCUUCCAUUCCUGUGGCGAUCCACAUGAGAGCCAGUUUCAUCAUAGCGCUUGAUGGUUUUUGCGACUGCACUUGAAGAAACGUUCAAAGUUCUUGAAAUUUUCCGCAUUGACUGACCUUCAUGUCUUAAAGUAAUGAUGGACUGUCAUUUCUCUUUGCUUAUUUGAGCUGUUCUUACCAUAAUAUGGACUUGGUCUUUUACUAAAUAGGGUUAUCUUCUGUAUACCCCCCCUACCUUGUCACAACACAACUGAUUGGCUCAAACGCAUUAAGAAGGAAAGAAAUUCCACAAAUUAACUUUUAAGAAGGCACACCUGUUAAUUGAAAUGCAUUCCAGGUGACUACCUCAUGAAGCUGGUUGAGAGAAUGCCAAGAGUGUGCAAAGCUGUCAUCAAGGCAAAAGGGGGCUAUUUGAAGAAUCUCAAACAUAAAAUAUAUUUUGAUUUGUUUAACACUUUUUUGGUUACUACAUGAUUCCAUAUGUAUUAUUUCAUAGUUUUCAUGUCUUCACUAUUAUUCUACAAUGUAGAAAAUAGUAAAAAAUAAAGAAAAACCCUUGAAUGAGUAGGUGCGUCCAAACUUUUGACUGGUACCGUAUGUAUGCUUUCAACGAUAACGUCAGUAGAGAAUAAUACAACCAGACCAUGUAAACAGACUGGUGACAUUUCCAAUGAUAAAUAACACCUGAGAAUCAGGUGCACCCAGUAUAGAACAUAAAAAUAUAACUUCAUCGUUCAUUGUGAUAGGUCGGGGAACCCGUCUUUAUGCUGAUCAACUCACAAAACAUCACACACAGUCAUUCAGCACAUUGUCCGGCCCCCCAGAACAUAUUCAGCCGAUAGAGAGCAGUUAUUUGUGGAUCGUGCGGGAAUGUCAACUUUAGACUAAUUUUGACAGGUGUCUGUUUUUGUAAUCCAUCAAUUUUUCAUCUGUAAUUCAGCCAGUCUGUCUAACCCUUGGUGAUCACUGGCACAGAGAGAGAGAGUUGAUCCCUGUCUACCACUUCUGGAGAGUUUUUUUGAGGACAUAUUGUUACUGCCAAAUAACUCCCCUCUGUUAUAAAACAGCUAGAGUAGAGAACAGUGGGUACGUGUGCACGUACAUGCGUGUGUAUGUGUGUGUGUGUGUGAGUAUAUGUGUGCGUUCGUGCAUGUGUGCUUGCGUGCAUGCAUUUGGUGUGUUGCAUCUCUCCAACCCAAGUUGGCAACAGUAAAUCCCCCGCUGGCUAAAAUGCCAUUUAAAGUAGUUUACAUAAACGUUCACACACACACACAUUGUAAUGUCAGCCAGCUGCUUGAAGAGAGAAGUUAAUCCAUAAAUGAACAGAAACUCAUGCUAACUAGCAGUAUCAUUCACGUUCUCUUAGGCUAAUUUCAUAUUUUGGGAGCCGAAGUCCCUACCUAUCCUGUGUAUUAAACUGCCUAUACAUCAUGAGACCAUGUCUACCCAGGCUGACAGACCUUUUGUAAGACAGACCUUUGAUAACCUUAAGGAUAUUUGGUAUAUUAUUUGUGGACAAGAUGCUGCAGAUGCAAUUCUAAUUACAGUGCAUUUUGGAAAGAAUGUUCCACAUUUUGUUAUGUCACAGCCUUAUUCAAAAAUGUAUUCAAUCGUUUUUUUCUCCUAAUCAAUCGACACACAAUACCCCAUAAUGACAAAGCAAAAAGAGGUUUUUAGAUAUUCUAGCAAAUUUAUAAAAAGAAAACUGAAAUACCACAUUUACAUAAGUAUUCAGACCCUUUACUCAGUCCUUCUGCAGGUAGCUUAGUGGUUGGGCGGCAGGUAGCUUAGUGGUUAAGCGCAUUGUGCCAGUAACCGAAAGGUCGCUGGUUCUAAUCCCCGAGCCGAAUAGGUGAAAAUCUGUCGAUGUGCCUUUGAGCAAGGCAUUUAACCCUAAUUGCUCUGGAUAAGAGCGUCUUCCUACCACUGAAAAACAUCCCCACAGCAUGAUGCUGCCACCACCAUACUCCACCAUAGCGAUGGUGCCAGGUUUCCUCCAGACCUGACGCUUGGCAUUCAGGCCAAAGAGUUCAAUCUUGGUUUCAUCAGACCAGAGAAUCUUGUUUCUCAUGUUCUGAGAGUCCUUUAGGUGCCUUUUGGCAAACUCCAAGCGGGCUGUCAUGUGCCUUUUACUGAGGAGUGGUUUCCGUCUGGCCACUCUACCAUAAAGGCCUGAUUGGUAGAGUGCUGCAGAGAUGGUUGUCCUUCUGGAAGUUUCUCCCAUCUCCACAGAAGAACUCUGGAGCUCUGUCAGAGUGACCAUCGGGUUCUUGGUCACCCUGACCAAGGCCCUUCUCCCCCGAUUGCUCAGUUUUGCCGGGCGGCCAGCUCUAGGAAGAGUCUUGGUGGUUCCAAACUUCUUCCAUUUGAGAAUGAUGGAGGCCAAUGUGUUCUUGGGGACCUUCAAAACUGCAAAAAUGCUUUGGUACCCUUCGCCAGAUCUGUGCCUCGACACAAUCCUGUCUCGGAGCUCUACGGACAAUUCCUUCGACCUCAUGGCUUGGUUUUUGCUCUGACAUGCACUGUCAACUGUGGGACCUUAUAUGGACAUGUGUGUGCCUUUCCAAAUCAUGUCCAAUCAAUUUAAUUCACCUCAGGUGGACUCCAAUCAAGUUGUAGAAACAUCUCAAGGAUGAUCAAUGGAGACAGGGUGCACCUGAGCUCAAUUUCGAGUCUCAUAGCAAAUGGUCUGAAUACUUAUGUAAAUAAGGUAUUUCUGUUCUGUUUUUUUUUUUCAAAAUUUGCAACAACAAAAAAAUCUGUUUUCUCAUUGUCAUUAUGGGGUAUUGUGUGUAGAUUGAUAAGGAAAAAAAAUACAUUUAAUUCAUUUUAGAAUAAGGCUGUGACGUAACCAAAUGUGGAAAAAGUUAAGGGGUCUGAAUUAUUUCCGAAUGCACUGUAGCUGAUAUUUCAACAUGGCUUCCCUUGCAAGCUUGUGCAACAUUGUGAUCAAAUAUAUUGCAACUUUAGUGAAUGAUCAUCUGAGAGAUUGUACAAUGAUAGAGGAGUUAGCUAAAGCAGAAACAGACUGGCUCAUCCAGGCUCUACAUCUACUACUAUGUGAGCCUAAAUCCCACUGUGACACUAUGUCCCCUUCCCCUAGUGUGUGGAGGGGGGGGGGCUGGCCGGGACAAGAUUACCAGAGAUGAAAAAGUGAGCUGAUGGAAAUAUGUGUGUGUGUGUGUGAGAGAAAGAGAGAGAGAGAGAGAGAGAGAGAGAGAGAGAGAGAGAGAGGAAUGAGAGAGAGAGAGAGAGAGAGAGAGAGAGAGAGAGGAGAGAGAGAGAGAGAAGAGAGAGAGAGAGGAGCGAUCUCGAGAUCGAGAGAUAAGCGAUCGAUAGCUCACUCUAGCGAGCUCUCCCAAAGCGAGAUAGCACGAAGCGAUUCUAGCGGUCCUUCUCUAUCGCUCUCGCGGAGCUCCUCUCUCUCUCUAGAGAGACUCGAGAGAGAGAUGAGAAGAGAGAGUGUCAUCACUGUUACAGAAUGUUACUGUCAUCUCUGUUUACUAACACCACAGCCAGCCAGCCAGGGGCAAUUUAUCUUAUCUUCUGUUGACACACAUUGACCUGUGUAAAUCCAGUCUGACUCUGGGAGUAUGGUCCAGACCUGGGUUCAAGCAUAUUUUAAGUAAUUUCAAAUACUUUAUCUGUGCUUGAUUGAGCUUGCCUGGCUUAAUGGAUCAAUAGAAUAUCCCCCAAAAACUGUAAAAACUGUCAACCUCUGGCACUCGAGGCAGGCCAGAGCCAAUGAUAAAAGAUUUCAACUAGUAUUUGAACCCAUGGUCUGACAUGGUCUGAUUCUGCCUGAACUUGACUGUAGAGUUGGAGUUACAGAGUUCAGUGAAACGUUGUUCAAUAGGACAAGGGCGUGAGCUCCUUAGGAGGUUACGUGUGUGUGUGUGUGUGUGUGUGUGUGUUUGUUUUUUGUGUGUGUUUUUGUGUGUGUGUGUGUGUGUGCGUGCGUGCGUGUGUGUUUGUGAAUACAUCAGUCUCCACGUGGCCCGUCCCUCCGAGACCCUCAGUAACAGACAGGCCAGUGUUCAAACUCCCAGCUCUCUGCGUGUACACCACAGGAGGCUACUGAGGGGAGGACGGCUCAUAACAAUGGCUGGAAUGGAGCGAAUGGAAUGGCAUCAAACACCAUGGAAACCAUGUAUGUGAUGUGUUGGAUACCAUUCCAUUAAUUCCAAUCCAGCCAUUACUACGAGCCCGUCCUGUGGUGUGUGUAGUGUUGCUAGGGAACACACCCUCACACCACAACCAGUUCCCACGGCCCCUUAGCAAAUAUAAGGUUUACCUGCAUACAAAAUCACAAGGCUGUAUACAUCCCACCUCUAUUUGUUCAACUGCGGAGGUGGAACUUCCAUGAAAACAGUUUGGUCUGUAUAGGCCAAGACCAGGGUAUGUGGUAUCUCUGGUUCAUAACGUGUGGUUGUACGUAGUGAUCUUUGAGAUGACCUAUUACUAUAUCUUAAAAACAUGUACAUGUUUUUACAAUACCAGAAUAAAUGUGAAACGGACAAUUAUCGAUUUACAUUAUUGCAAAAAAAAACUUGAAUAAACCACUAUUAAAGAAUCAAAUCAAAUCCAAUUUUAUUGGUCACAUUUACACAUUUAGCAGAUGUUAUUGCGGGAGUAGCGAAAUGCUUGUGUUCCUAGCUCCAACGGCGCAGUAGUAUCUAACAAUUCACAACAAUACACACAAAUCUAAAAGUAAAAGAAUGGAAUUAAGAAAUAUAUAAAUAUUAGGACGAGCAAUGUCGGAGUGGCAUUGACUAAAUACAGUAGAAUAGAAUACAGUAUAUACAUAUGAGAUGAGUAAAGCAGUAUGUAAACAUUAUUAAAGUGACUAGUGUUCCAUUAUUAAAGUGACCAGUGAUUCCAUGUCUAUGUAUAUAGGGCAGUAGCCUCUAAGGUGCAGGGUUGAGUAACCAGGUGAUAGCCGGCUAGUGAUGGCUAUUUAACAGUCUGAUGGACUUGAGAUUGAAGCUGUUUUUCAUUCUCUCGGUCCCAGCUUUGAUGCACCUGCACUGACCUCGCCUUCUGGAUAAUAGUGAGGUGAACAGGCCGUGGCUCAGGUGGCUGAUGUCCUUGAUGAUCUUUUUGGCCUUCCUGUGACAUCGGGUGUUGUAGGUGUCCUGGUGGGCAGGCAGUGUGCCCCCGGUGAUGCAUUGGGCAGACCGUACCCCCCUCUGGAGAGCCCUGCGAUUGCGGGCGGUGCAGUUGCUGUACCAGGCGGUGAUACAGCCCGACAGGAUGCUCUCAAUUGUCCAUUUGUAAAAGUUUCUGAGGGUCUUAUGGGCCAAGACAAAUUUCUUCAACCUCCUGAAGUUGAAGAGGCGCUGUUGCGCUGUCUGUGUGGGUGGACCAUUUCAGAUUGUCGGUGACGUGUACGCCGAGGAACUUGAAGCUUUCCACCUUCUCCACUGCGGUCCCGUCGAUGUGGAUAGGGGUAUGCUCGCUCUGCUGUUUCCUGAAGUCCACGAUCAGCUCCUUUGUUUUGUUGACGUUGAAUGAGACGUUGUUUCCUGGAACCACACUCCCAGAGCCCUCACCUCAUCCCUGUAGGCUGUCUCGUCAUUUUUGGUAAUCAAGCCUACUACUGUUGUGUCAUCUGCGAACUUGAUGAUUUAGUUGGAGGGAGUGGUGUAAAGUACUUAAGUAAAAAUACUUUAAAGUACUACUUUACUAUUUAUAUUUUUGCCAACUUUUACUUUUACUUCACUACAUUCCUAAAGUAAAUAAUGCACUUUUUACUCCAUACAUUUUCCCUGACACCCAAAAGUAUUCGUUACAUUUUGACAGGAAAAUGGUCCAAUUCACGCACUUACCCUGGUCAUCCCUACUGCCUCUGAUCUGGUGGACUCACUUAACACAAAUGCUUCGUUUUUAAAUGAUGUAAUAAUAAUAAUUAUUAUUAUUAUUAUGUCUGAGUGUUGGAGCGUGCCCCUGGCUAUCCGUCAAUAAAAAAUAAAAAUAAAUUGUGCCGUCUGGUUUGCUUAAUAUAAGGAAUUUUAAAUGGUUUAUACUUUUACUUUUGAUACAUUUGACCAAUUCCAUUUACUUUUGAUACUUUAGUAUAUUUAAAACCAAAUACUUUUAGACAAGUCAUAUUUUACUGGGUGACUUUCACUUUUACUUGAGUCAUUUUCUAUGAAGGUAUCUUUACUUUUACUCAAGUAUGAGAUUUGAGUACUUUUUUUUCCACCACAGGUUGGAGGCGUCCGUUGCCACGCAGUCAUGGGGGCGGGGCGGAGGGGGCGGGGCGGAGGGGGCGGAGUUAUAACUGAUCAUGAAUGGUCCGUUGUAAAGGGGGCGUGGUCCUACUACUACAUCAUGGAACAGGAGAUUCCUCGUCCUCAGUUUCCACAUUUUGUGUAGUCUGAACGGAUCUCACAAGGUGUUACCGAUUUAACUACUGAUUUGUGUUUUAAGACGUCGUUUUUGCGAACAGAUUUAUUUGUAUAAUAUUUGUUGUUUUUCAAAAGGUUAUUUAUCCAUAAAGUAAUGGCAAAAGGAGAAGGAGCCGAACAAUAUUCCAACACCAGUUUAUUAACGAAUAAACCGGUCAACCCAGAUGUGGUCAAAUUAGCUGGGAAGGUACAUUUGAUUCAUUUAUACUUUUAUCAACAAUAUUAGCAGCAAAUGUGUAUGCAUGAAUGUACAUUCUGAACUAAACGGGAGCGGAAGACCGCUUUGAUUGAACAGCGAUUCCUAAGAGAUGGAACGGGUUGUUAUCGUUCUCAUGUCUGUGUGUCUUUCUACGCCCAGCCUAAUCAAUUAGCCUAGUUACCUAGCCGGCUACUUAUUGAUGAUUACAUGGCCUAUCAUAGGUUUUUCAUUUCCACCGGCUUUGAUGACAGCAGCCACCACGAUUCAAUUACAUUUCGCUAGGCGCAAGGCGAGCACCAAACCCGGCUUGUCUUCCCUUUAUUCAUUUUCAAAUUGUUAGCUAUAUUUACGGUAGCGGUGCUCUCUUUCAUCGAUAAACCUAUUUGAGAAUAACGUAGGCUAUAUAAGUGAUUAGAAAUAGUUAUGCGGUUUAGGCCAUUUAAAAAAAUCAAAUAAAACUAUGAAUUGGAAUGGGUUCUUUGGGGGUUGGAGUCGAAACUAACACUAGCAGUAGGACUACGUGUCAUUUCGCCGGCGCUGGAGCUGUGAUUUCUCCUGAAGUUUGAAUGAACGCUUCCACGCAUGCUUGAUUUCGGUGUAUACUAGGGGGUGUGACCGUUUAAAACGAAGUUGGGAUCCUUAUUUUCCGUGUUAAGCCUGGGGGAAGUUGUGUAAUUCAAAUAAAAACCAGAACGGAAGAGGCGAAAUGUAGGCUACCUGGUGAAUUUGCAAGACGAGACAUUGCGGUAUGCAGAUUACCUAAAUGUAUGAGCAACGCUUCUGCCUCGUUCUCUCUGCCUCGUUCUCUCUGUCUCUGUCUCUCUCUCUCUCUCUGUCUCUGUCUCUCUCUCUGUCUCUCUCUCUCUGUCUGUCUCUCUCUCUCUCUCUGUCUCUCUCUCUGUCUCUCUCUCUGUCUCUCUCUCUGUCUCUGUCUCUGUCUCUGUCUCUCUGUCUCUGUCUCUGUCUCUGUCUCUCUCUCUCUCUCUCUCUCUCUCUGUCUCUGUCUCUGUCUCUCUCUCUGUCUCUCUCUCUCUGUCUGUCUCUCUCUCUCUCUCUGUCUCUCUCUCUGUCUCUCUCUGUCUCUGUCUCUCUCUCUGUCUCUGUCUCUGUCUCUCUCUCUCUCUCUCUCUCUCUCUCCCUCACUAAUAAUGCCAGUGUAGUGUUCAGUCUUCGGUCUGUUGCAUGUAGAAUAUCCUAGCCUAUCCAUGGCACCGAUGUCUUCGGGACAGUGUUGCGAGCACCGGGUAGCCUACUCUUCGUUUUUUUGGCUCAUAUGACCAUUACAGUAGGCCACCGGUAGCCUGAACCGAUUACGCUUUUCAGACAUAAUGGAAUGUGGCCACUUGAAAGCGGCUCGGGUUACGGCAUGUUUGUUUCUGUUAGGGUAGCUACACUACGGGGUUUUAAAUGCCGACACGAAACCUUCCCUGGUGAUAUGAACGGACAUUUGACUUGUCUGUAAAGGAAUGCCGCUUCUGAAACCGGACUAAAAAUCAAUCACUAGGCAACCAGAACCGGUCAAUCAAAUAAUCUCCGGCUCUUAAUUUAACGUUUUUUAUUAAAUACCUUGAUUUACCAAGACAUUUAGUAGAAGUAAAACGCAUCUAGCUAACAUGCCAUACAAAACUGAACAAAAAAACAACAACACAGCAGCAUAUCGAUCAGCGACGUUUGUUGUCAAGGGGAAAAUAAAUAACAUUUUACGCCGGAGCAGAAUUCUACUGUCUGAAAAGGUACAGACCUGAUGCGACACUUUCUUAAAUUGUCUGAAAACUUAUCAAUUGUCGCUGUCGAUAUGUUACUGUAGCUGCAUUCUAUGUCUGUAAAGUGUUGCUGUAUGACUUCAUUGACCGGUAACAUGUAAUAGGACCAUUAUUCUGCAUUGUAAAUUGACGUGGAAUUCUGUUUUUUUUUUUAAUAGUUGUAACGGAAAAACUAUUUUAGAAAUGCCCGUUUAAACGUUAUGCAAACUUGUCUAUCAUUCACAUCCGUAGUGUAUACGUUUAACUAUUUGAGUUGACCUCGUCAUCAACAAUAAUAGGUGUUCACCUGAUAGCCCUUCCCGAUAUUUUCUCUAGUAAUCGAUCAUUUAAUGCUUAUCAAUUGCCAAUUUAAGCCAACCCAUUGGCACACAUUGGACUAUAUCUCCACGAAUGAUGACUAAUAUUGAAGCGUGAGUAAUACACACACAUUAAUAGAUCUUGUGAUGAUGGUCAGCAGAUCCGACCCACUAGUUUACAUGCACUAGGGUCAGCCAGGGUUUCUGUGUAGAUUAAGACACCAUGGCGCAGGCGCGAGAUAUCGCUCGGGAAUGUGUAUAUAUGGUCAGUGAGUCGGUCCACAACACUGUGAAAGAUGCCAUAUAUCCCUUUUUGGUUGUAUCAGGUUUAAGAGAGGGUCCUGUUUCAGUCAGAACAACUUGUCACCGAAACACAGAAUGUGUUGGUGCGUCAACUGUCUUAGCUAUCUCAGACAUUUAUGGUCACGUGGUGGAUCAACUGUCUCACCACAUCCAAAGUACAAACAACAAUAGACACAGGUUCUCAAGGAGACAAGGUUGCUUUAGUUUGAACUCGUUUUAUGGCCAGUGAACUUACCCUGAGAAUCUGACAGGUUUAGAUGUGUUGGAAACUCCAUUUAGCCUAGCAGAGGAUAAGGUUUGAUUUGGGACCAGGUCCCCUGUAGCUCAGUUGGUAGAGCAUGGCGCUUGCAACGCCAGGGUUGUGGGUUCGUUUCCCGGGGGGGGGGGGGGGGGGGGGGGGCAGUAUGAAAAAUGUAUGCGCUCACUAACAGUAAGUCGCUCUGGAUAAGAGUGUCUGCUAAAAUGUACAAAUAGACUCUUAUGUGCCCUGCAGUACUUAGUACCCAGUGUUCACUUACGUGUGAAUGAGGUGAUGUCUCUGAGAUCCCAUCAAUCAGGAUCCUCCCAAACUGUGUGGCGGCCACAGGGAGCCUUUUUUCCAUUGGCUUAGGAGGAGGGUGUGUGUGAGGCCCCGAACGGCCCAUCGGUUGACAAAUGUUGAGGGCUCCCUGUCCAGCUGGCCAGCCAACCUGGCAAAGUUCCCUGCUAGAGAACCGCAGAACGGCACCUCGUCUUUGCCAGGGGAUUGUGACAACCCUGUGAGGGGACACACUUACCAGUCUGUGGCCAUGUUUGUAUUGACCGGGGUGCCAUUUGGGAAGCAGUCAGCCAGGUCACUCAUGCCAGGGAAAUGUUAUAAAAGUAGUGCACUAUAUAGGGAAUAAGGUGUAAUUUGGGACGCAUGCCGGGUGAUUUGGUAUUGAGGUGGGAAAGGUUCCACUCUACAACCUGUGGGGACAGCGAGAGAAUAAUUAGGUUACACUGUUCUUCUCACAAUGUAGUGGGUUGGACUGUCUCAUGACAAAACACCUCUUCUGUCCCAGAAUCCCCAGCGCUGGUCCUCACGUUACUGUGGGUGUCUUCUGUAGCCGGAUGGUUGAUCUGGAAACCAGAACUCACUCUCGCUCGCGCCCUCUGAGUAAAGCAGACGAGGGAGGACUGUUUUGGAGUAGGCUACUAAGCAGAAUGCCCCCCCUAUGAUUAGUCUAUCACCUUCUAUAAUGAGAGUCUGCAAAAUGCUCCUAAGCCUAAAAGAGACCGCAGACCCAAUCAUACUUAGACUGGCUCUGCAAACGAGUUGAUGUGAUUAUUAUUUGACCCUGCUGGUCAUCUACAAACGUUUGAACAUCUUGAAGAACAACCUGGCCAUGUACUCUUAUAAUCAUCCCCCGGCACAGCCAGAAGAGGACUGGCCGCCCCUCAAAGCCUGGUUCCUCUCUACCCAGCACAGCCAGAGGAGGACUGGCUACCCCUCAGAGCCUGGUUCCUCUCUACCCAGCACAGCCAGAAGAGGACUGGCCGCCCCUCAGAGCCUGGUUCCUCUCUAGGUUUCUUCCUAGGUUCCUGCCUUUCUAGGGAGUUUUUCCUAGCCACUGUGCUUCCACAUAGGUUAAUGCACCGCCACCUCGCGCUGAAUGUUUCAAGUUAUGGGCACUGUCCAGUCAAUUGGAUGAUCUUUGGAUCAUUUUGUAGUAGGGCUAGGAAUUGCCAGGGAAUUUACGAUACAAUAUUUUCACGAUACUUAGGUGCUGAUUAUAUAUAUAUUCUGUAUGAAUUGCGAUUUGGUGUCACGUGUGUUGCAGAGGGACGAGAGCAUAAUAAAAAAUGACUACUGAUCAGUCUUGGAAUUUAAAAGUGCUGAAAACAUGUUGGCUCACCAUUUUUAAAAAGAAGAUGGAGGAGAAAUAUAGGAGAACGUUAUACAGUAUGUUUUUGAAUCAUUAUUUGGAUUUAUAGAAUCCAUUUAUUAUAUUGUUUAAAAAAAUAUCCCUACUUUGUCUAAAAUUCCCUUUCCCUCCAUUGUUAGAGCUGUUAGUUUCAAAUCACUUUGUUAUUUGUUGGUUUGUGGACCCUGUAGAAGGUCAGACUGCAUCAAAGUUCAGUUGGUGUCUGAUGUGAAACAGGGGUUUUACAAGACCCAUUAUUGCAUCAAUCCAUUCCGUGGAAGCCUGGGUGGAAGCCUGGGUGGAAGCUUGGGUGGAAGCCUGGUGGGCGGAAGCCUGGGCGGAAGCUUGGGUGGAAGCCUGGGUGGAAGCUUGUUUCUGCUUUGCAGUAGCCAACCCCACUGAUGCAACAGACUGCCAUUCAGGCCUAAGCUAUUGCAUGAAACAUUAAUUAAUGCAAUGUUCAUGCAUUGAGCUUUCAUCUACCCUAAUGUGGAUCCUAAUAAACGAAACUGUUAAAACAUGUCAACUUCUUGUUUAAUGAAUGAACCCCUUCUUUCUGUCUUUCCCAGCGUGAGCAGUGCAACAGGUUGUCCAUAUGCAACAAGCUGUGCUAUGCGGUGGGAGGAGCGCCCUAUCAGAUCACAGGCUGUGCUCUGGGCUUCUUCCUCCAGAUAUACCUGCUGGAUGUGGCCCAGGUGAGUCUUACAUUUUACAUUUUAGUCAUUUAGCAGACGCUCUUAUCCAGAGCAACUUACAGUUAGUGAGUGCAUAAUUAUUUUUUUCUUCAGUCAGUAGCACCCUAUUCCCUAUUUAGGGCAUUACCCAUAAUGCUCUGGUCAAAAGUAGUGUACUAUGUAGGGAAUAGGGUGUCGUUUGGGACACAGCCAUCAGUCAGUGGCCCCAUCCCAUUUCAGUGCCCUACCCCUCUAGUGUUCACAGAUCUAACAGGGGUUGUCCGAGCAAGUGCCAGCAGAAUAGGGAUGGGGUCCUGCUAUCCCAAAUGGUGUCACGGUUCAGGUUCUCGACUCCCAACUGGCUAUGAAUUCCUCACAAAUCAUGAAGACUAAUCUAGCAUGCCAUGGGUCUCUUCUUUGUAUAUGGUCAGGAAUAUAGAACGGUCUUGGUCAGAUGCCCUUAGCUAACAGCAAUCAGCCUAAAACAAAACAACUUGCAGGAUAUAUCAUGUUCCCCUAAAGGGCCUUUAUUCAGAUUCAGAAACUUCCAAAAACUAUUUUAUUUUUUUGGGUCAUUUAGCAGACGCUCUUAUCCAGAGCGACUUACAGGAGCAAUUAGGGUUAAGUGCCUUGCUCAAGGGCACAUCGACAGAUUUUUCACCUAGUCGGCUCGGGGAUUAGAACCAGCGACCUUCCGGUUACUGGCACAAUGCUCUUAACCACUAAGCUACUAUUCUACAGGGCAUGGCCGAUAUUUAUUUUUAUAUGCUCCUAACGUUUCUUAAUUCAGAAACAGUGCUAUCACCUUCUAGAACAGGGCUGCCCAACCCUCUUCCUGGAGAUCUAUCGUCCUGUGGGUUUUCAGUCCAACCCUAAUUUAACACACCUCAUUCUACAUAUUAGCUGCUCAGCAAGACCUUAACUAGCUGAAUCAGAUAUGCUAAAUUAGGGUUGGACUGAACCUACAGGACAGCUGCUAUCUAUGGUACCUCAGGUGCAGUAUGUAGACUGCUAUCUACAGUUGAAGUCGGAAGUUUACAUACACGUAGGUUGGCGUCAUUAAAACUCGUUUUUCAACCACUCCACAAAUUUCUUGUUAACAAACUAUAGUUUUGGCAAGUCUGUUAGGACACAAGUAAUUUUUCCCAACAAUUGUUAACAGACGGAUUAUUUCACUUAUAAUUCACUGUAUCACAAUUCCAGUGGGUCAGAAGUUUACAUACACUAAGUUGACUGUGCCUUUAAACAGCUAGGAAAAUUCGAGAAAAUGAUGUAAUGGCUUUAGAAGCUUCUGAUAGGCUAAUUGACAUCAUUUGAGUAAAUUGGAGGUGUACCUGUGGAUGUAUUUCACGGCCUACCUUCAAACUCGGUGCCUCUUUGCUUGACAUCAUGGGAAAAUCAAAAGAAAUCAGCCAAGACCUCAGAAAAAUAAUUGUAGACCUCUACAAGUCUGGUUCAUCCUUGGGAGCAAUUUCCAAACGCCUGAAGGUACCACGUUCAUCUGUACAAACAAUAGUACGCAAGUAUAAACACCAUGGGACCACGCAGCCGUCAAACCGCUCAGGAAGGAGUUCUGUCUCCUAGAGAUUAACGUACUUUGGUGCGAAAAGUGCAAAUCAAUCCCAGAACAACAGCAAAGGACCUUGUGAAGAUGCUGGAGGAAACGGGUACAAAAGUAUCUAUAUCCACAGUAAAACAAGUCCUAUAUCGACAUAACCUGAAAGGCCGCUCAGCAAGGAAGAAGCCACUGCUCCAAAACCGGCAUAAAAAAGCCAGACUACGGUUUGCAACUGCACAUGGGGACAAAGAUCGUACUUUUUGGAGAAAUGUCCUCUGGUCUGAUGAAACAAAAAUAGAACUGUUUGGCCAUAAUGACCAUCGUUAUGUUUGGAGGAAAAAGUUGGUGCUUGCAAGCCGAAGAACACCAUCCCAACCGUAAAGCACAAGGGUGGCAGCAUCAUGCUGUGGGGGUGCUUUGCUGCAGGAGGGACUGGUGCACUUCACAAAAUAGAUGGCAUCAUGAGGAAGGAAAAUUAUGUGGAUAUAUUGAAGCAACAUCUCAAGACAUCAGUCAGGAAGUUAAAGCUUGGUCGCAAAUGGGUCUUCCAAAUGGACAAUGACCCCAAGCAUACUUCCAAAGUUGUGGCAAAAUGGCUUAAGGACAGCAAAGUCAAGGUAUUGGAGUGGCCAUCACAAAGCCUGACCACAAUCCUAUAGAACAUUUGUGGGCAGAACUGAAAAAGCGUGUGCGAGCAAGGAGGCCUACAAACCUGACUCAGUUACACCAGCUAUUUUUCUAUUAACCUUUAUUUAACCAGGUAAGCCAGUUGAGAACAAGUUCUCAUUUACAGCUGCGACCUGGCCAAGAUAAAGCAAAGCAGUGCGAUUAAAAACAACACAGAGUUACAUAUGGAAUAAACAAAACGUACAGUCAAUAACACAAUAGAAAAUAUAUAUACAGUGUGUGCGAGUGUAGUAAGUUAUGGAGGUAUGGCAAUAAAUGGGCCAUAGUGCAAAAUAAUUACAAUUAGUAUUAACACUGGAAUGAUAGAUGUGCAAAACAUGAUGUGCAAAUAGAGAUACUGGGGUGCAAAUGAGCAAAAUAAAUAACAAUUUGGGGAUGAGGUAGUUGGGUGGGCUAAUUACAGAUGGGCUGUGUACAGGUGCAGUGAUCGGUAAGCUGCUCUGACAACUGAUGCUUAAAGUUAGCGAGGGAGAUAAGUCUCCAGCUUCAGAGAUUCUGUCAGGAGGAAUGGGCUAAAAUUCACCCAACUUAUUGUGGGAAGCUUGUGGAAGGCUACCCUACACGAUUGACCCAAGUUAAACAAUUUAAAGGCAAUGCUACCAACUAAUUGAGUGUAUGUAAACUUGUGAUGAAAGAAAUAAAAGCUGAAAGAAAUCAUUCUCUCUACUAUUAUUCUGACAUUUCACAUUCUUAAAAUAAAGCGGUGAGCUUAACUGACCUAAAACAGGGAAUUUCUUACUAGGAUUAAAUGUCAGGAAUUGUGAAAAACUGAGUUUAAAUGUAUUUGGCUAAGGUGUAAGUAAACUUCCGACUUCAACUGUAUAGUUCAUAAGUUUAGAUGGCACAAUGACUCUCUCUAAACGUGCUUGUUGUGUCACAUGAACUGAAAUUAGAAUUUUGCCCUACUGUUAGAAUUUUAGCAACCAGGAAAUGGUGGAGCGAUUUUUCUGCAUAGUGCACCAUUUUUUAAAAAGUGUAACCUGAACCUGAACAGGUUGUAGGAUUCAUGGAGUAAUCUCCUUAAGCUCUCUAGACAUGAACCAUAGUCUUUAAUCUUGUGGGGACUGAGAUGGUGUAUGUGUGGCUGUGUGUGUGUGUGUGUGUGUGUUUUCCUGUUAUUCUGAAGACUAAAAUGUAAAUGAUGGUGAAUACUUUCAGCAGUGGUAGAAAAAAGUACCCAAAUGUCAUACUCAAGUAUAAGUCAGUAUCCCAGUAAAAUACUACUUGUGUAAAAGUCUAAACGUUUUUGGUUUUAAAAUAUACUUAAGUAUCAAAAGUAAAUGUAAUUGCUGAAAUAUACUUAAGUAUUGAAAGUAAAAGUAUAAAUUAUUUCAAAUUCCUUUUUAUUAAACAAACCAGACAGCACAAUUUUAAUUUUAUUUACAGAUAGCCGGGGCACACUCCAACACUCAGGCAUAAUUGACAUAUGAAGCAUUUGUGUUUAAGUCCGCCAGAUCAGAGGCAGUAGGGAUGACCAGGGAUGUUCUCUUGAUAAGUGCAUGAAUCUGACAAUUUUCCUGUCCUGCUAGCCAAUCAAAAUGUAACGAGUUCUUUUGGGUGUCAGAGAAAAUGUAGUGAAGUAACCUUUCUCUCUCUCUCCUCCCUCAAGUUGGACCCAUUCUAUGCGUCGAUCAUCCUGUUCGUGGGGAGGGCCUGGGAUGCUGUGACGGACCCGAUCAUAGGCUUCCUGGUCUCCCGCUCCCCCUGGACACGCUUCGGACGCAUGCUGCCCUGGUACGACCACUUUGCUGGUUCUCAUAUCUAUCAGUCACAUUUUUAGUUGUGUGGAGCUUUGUGUUUCUCAUGUCUCUUUUUCCUGUUUAAUGUGAAAUUAAUCUGAACGGUAGUCAUGAAGGAAACGAGUGGGGAAAGCAGUGAUGACUCCCUUCUAUCUUAGGAUCUAGGUUCUUUCCCACUAAUUCAGGCAUUUUGGUUUAGAAAUCCCUCAUUGUGGCAUCUGUUGCUGUAACUAAAGGCAACCUCUAUUGGCAGAGGGAUAUCGGGCUACCUGACGGCUUCAAAUAUCCACGUGACCAUUUCAAUUUUUUUUAAGUGUUGCUAUUCACAGGUUCUAUGUUUAUUUUAUUUUUUUAAGUGCAAGGGAGUGUCCGGGAGACUUUGACAGCCAAAAGGGUCAUAGUAUGUCCUUACCAAAAAUGGUUUAGCAAUAGAUCACGCAGGAAUGUCUGUUAGACAUUUCCCCAUUGGUCCCCAGUCCUUUUGAAACCCCACUGGUGUUCCAAGUGUGCUUCAAGCUUACGUGUCCCAAAUGGCACCCUAUUCCCAACAUACUACUUUUGAACAGAGCUCUAUAGGUGCUAGUAGCAGUGCACUAUAUAGGGGUUAGGCCAUGGUGAAUGCAUGGUAAUUGCCGUCAGUCUGAUUUUGAACGACUGACAAGAAAUGGGCUGCGUUGUAACUGUCUGGCGACGACGUGUGUUUUUGGGGGGCAGGUAACUCCUGGUACGAUUUGAGCACGUUUUUUCAUUUUACAUUUCAGCUGCUGCUCUGAAAGGGUUACUGCAGUUCAUGCUGAUGCGGUUGUCUACCGCUCAGAGUACUUCCACACACACACACACACACCACACGCACACACACACACUACACGCACACUACACACGGCUAUAAAGAUGUUAUUACUACUUUCUGUUAAAAGUCAUCAAGAUUUCUACGAACAUUCUCUAAAAAAAUAAGCCACAAAUUUCCUGCAGGGCUAAAAUGACAAAAAUAACAAGAAUCAGGCUUUUAUUUGAGUCUUUGUUAGUAAAGAGAACACAGAGGUUUCCUGCUUGACUUGCAGUUUCCCACAGAGUUCCUGGCAUGGCAUGGUCUUGGUGAAUAUACACAGACAUCAUACAUGCUUUUUUUUCUUUCAAACUUUUUUAAAAGGAGCGAGCGUUGCAUGUCCAUCUUUUGGGAUAUACCUGUGUUUUUAUUUUUUUUUGGGGGGGGGGGGGGGCUGCAGCUUGAGUUGGUUAUUACACUGGCCAUCUAUCAUGAAUGAAUCAUUCAUCUAUCAUAUUUAGUAGGCUAUAGACUUUUUGGUGUAUCUAAUAAUCCAUAUCCAGUUCUGCCUUUGUGUUUGCAUCAUGGGAAAUGUCUGGAACUCUGUAGUUUUGGCCAUCUGCCCUUUGACCCCUCUCUACAGAAGUGUCUAAUAAGGACUGACAGUGCUUUUUCUGGGGGGACGGGGGACGGUCUCUGUGUGUAGCUGAGCCUUCAAACCAUUUUUUGUUUUUAGCCAAGGUCACUGACCCUGGUUGACUAUCCCACCUCCCUAGGCGACCAUGUCCUCUGUCCUCUCCCCAGCAUCAUUAAAAAUGGCAUUAUUAUCCAGUUCUACCCCAAUGACCAGGCCUGCUGUCACAGAUGGAGGCUUAUGGAAGACCUAGAUUUUUGAAUGCAUUCCCAAUGCUAACUAGUCCACUUGCGUCAGUGGAGGAGGGGGGUGGGGGGGGACACAUGAGUUCUACAGGUGGUACUUAGAAGUCCAUAGAGCACCUUUUUUUUUUUUUGUAAAGCGAUAUCCCAAGUAUAAAUGCAGCGAAGUACACAUGUUAUGAGCAAAAUAAUGUUUUUAGACACCACUUCCAAGAGGAGUAGGGCAAGGGCAGGCAACACUGGUCCUGGAGUCUUGUAGACCCGAUCAAACGAUGCAAUGGAAUUGAGUGAAUCUGGGCAGGCAGGAUGCAUCUUGACGCAAUCUGUUUCCUACGUCUCUCUGGCAUCCUCAUUCUAAAGUAUUCUGAGGGGGAAGAAUGGAGGAGAGAUAUUCAAAUUCAGUCAGUCAAGAUGGGUUCGGCCCUAGCUAGGUGUUGAGAGGAUCAGUCUCAUACUUUGAGGAGGAAAAUAGGAUCCGUUUGAGGGUAGAUGAGUGACUACUAUAGUCAAACGAGGGUUUGGUUCUGAACAGAACAGACUUUUAUCUUGAGGCGACGUGACCCGCUUCAAUGGGGUCUAGGGACUGGAAGGAGGAAACGAGGGGGGCAUGGAGCGCACCACGCUUCAGUGUUUGGGAGGGGGGGAGGGUAGGGGAUCUCUGAUUGGCUGAAACUGGUGGUGUGUUGUGGGCUGGACCAAUACGAGGCGGCUGUGUAGCCCUUUUUUUAAAAGAGUAAAAUGAGGAAUCUGAUGGGGUUACUGCAGGUCAAGAGACGUGGACAAGCUAGAGAGCUGAAGGCAUGAGCACAGUGUCAGACUGCUGUGUCAAAUUUAAAGGACUAUUAGCCCUCGUCUGUCAGAGCACGCUAUGCAUUUUUCUGUUUUGCAUUGUUUAGCGUCACUGUUGUCAAUAUUACCAGGAACUCCAGUCUAGUUUCCUAAGAUUUACGUUUGACAUUUUAGUCAUUUUAGCAGACGCUCUUAUCCAGAGUGACUUACAGUUAGAGUGCAUACAUUUUUCAUACUGGCCCCCCGUGGGAAUCGAACCCACAACCCUGGCGUUGCAAGCGCCCAUGCUCUACCAACUGAGCUACAGGGGACUACUGACUCAUUUUAUCCUUUUUAUAAGCCAUAUGUCCACUUAUCCUGUCAGCUAUGUUCAGUUUAAUAGAAAGUAUUUUGACAUUUUUUUUAUUGAUCCAAUAAUCCUAUAUAAUGCCAUAAUGUACUGUAAUGGUCACUGAAUAGGUAUGAAGAAUUUCUUGAAAACCACACGUUGGUUAUGUCUUCACCCACGUGGCAGUUGUAUGUAAACGUAUGAAAACAUAAACAAUUUCUGCUUGAUUCAAAAUGUUUAUCCCUUUCCUUUUAUUACGGUUAGCAUGUUGCUACAAGCGUUUGCUGCCACUGUCUUCUGGUCUCCACCUUAGGCCUAUAUAUAUCACGGUGUCAAGGCAUAUGAACUAACAUGUUAUAGAGCAAACAACACAAUUAUCACAACAGGUUUUAUAAUAUGUCUUUCUUUUCCAUGGGCUUGGCUUCCCCGGUGAAAUUACCCACGCACCACUGCUGCUUUGAUGUGGCACAGAGAGCGGAGAAGGGCUAAUCCAGGCUCCUGACGUGGCAUUAUGGAUGGUACAUUCCUUGGGGGGGGGGGGGGUUGGUCACACCACUCCCUAAAAAGUAACCCAGCAUCUGCUCUGCUAUCAUAAUUACCAGAGCUCAUAAAAGUCCUUUAUCACUGCUGUUUUCAUGUCGUUACCAUCUCUGCUUCAUUCAAAAUGAGUUUAACCCCCAUCCCUUUAUUACGAAUUAGCAUGUCGCUACAGGUGUUUGCUAAACUAACUCCUAAUAGUUACUUGACUUUUUUUUAAAAAUAAGUUUAACUCUGACCCCUCCCUCAGUCACUGGGGCUAUUUUAGCGGAGGGGAGGAAGUAAUUUGACUCCGGAGUGUCUGUCAUAUGCUUCUGGUUUAUAGGCUCAGUUAUACUGUGAGGUGGGUAGGCUAUGGGAGUCAGGUUUGGCAGUUGGCACACAACAUCCUGUCUUUUUUUUUAUUUAUUUUUUAUGUCCACGUCAGAUGGGUGUCGCUCUAUUUGGAAGAAGUAUGGCUGGGUCGCUCAGGCCGAUCGCACGUAGGACAUUUUCGAGCUGCUUUUAUGAGUCUCGUACCGUGUCACAGGCAAACAGAGGUUGGCGCCAAAGUGUCAAAAGACCACCGUUCUAUGAAAAAUUAAGUCUGUUAACAGCAGUUCAGAACUGGCAGAUCGUCUCACGGUCCAACUGACCCAAUUUUUUUUGACAUCUGUGUGAAAUUCUAUACUAUGUUCAGAAAAUCCGAUUUCAUACACUAGUAAUUAGUAAAUCAUUAAACUGAACUUUUGUCUUAAUUUGGAUAAUAAAGAUGCAGCAUUACUCAAUGAACUACAAUAAACACUUAUAGACAGAUAUUAAACAGGACUUUGUCUUAACACACAGACAGUAUUGAAACGUGGCAGAGCCAAGUGAUCUUUGACACAGUGGCGUCACUGUCUUCUUCUGGUCUCCACCUUUAGUUCAUAUGCCUUGACACUGUCAUCUUAUGGUCUCCACCUUAGUUCAUAUGCCUUGACACUGUGAUCUAGUCCUAACAGGUUAUAGAGCAAACAACGCAAUUAUCACAACAUGUUUAUAAUAUGGCUUUUUUUUUUUUCUCCCUGGGUUGGCUUCCCCAGUGAUUUUUUUUUUUUUAACCCACUCUUUGAUGUGGCACAGAGAGUGGAGGAAGGCUAAACUAGUCUCCUGACGGUAUAGUACGUUCCUGGUGGGUUGGUCACACCACUCCCUAAAUAUAACCCAGCAUCUGCUCUGUGUCCCUGAGAUCACACCCUCCCUCUCACGUAUCGUUUUCACAACAAUCCCUCUGCCACUCAUCACAUCACACGCACGAGUUGGUGGGGCGUACUCUCUCACCCACUCUCUCCUCAGUCCUGUACUGUACUCAUUAUGGCUGGCUGCAUCUCCGCUGUGUAAAGUGGCUUCCUCUCUUGGGUAUUUCCUCCAUUCCCAGGUCAAUAGUGAUGGGUGAAAGUAGGUCCCGUUAGGAAAUGCAGCUUCCACCUGCCCAGUGCUUUUAGAAACAAGGAGACAAAGCUGCUGUGGAUGUGAAAGUAGGUCCCAAAAUAAGUUUGAGCCAAUCCAAGUUAAAUUUUAAUGUCACAAGUACAGUGAAAUGCCUUUCUUGCAAACUCUAACCCCAACAAUUCAGUAAUCAAUAACAAUGUAAUGCUAAAAAUAACAAGGUUAGAACAAAACAUGAUCUAAGCAUUUACCGGACCAGUUAAAAAAAAAAAAAAAAAUGUUUUAUUGGUGUUGAUGAAGCAAAGGAGACAACGAAACAUUUUGGACUUUUGAUACACCCCUUUAGGGCAUUUCCACCAACAGACUGAACCUGAAGUAGCCAAACAAAUAAUCUAGUUCUGAAGGAAUGUGUCAUGGUUUAUUUUGCGGUGUCCUAAUCCGCCAUGUCAAACGCAUGGCUGGACUGUUGUCAUAAACACUGGGGAGAUCAGGUUGCACAUGAUGGCGUAUUGUGGUCCGAUAUGACAUAAUUUCCUGUCCGUGCACGAUUGAGAUCUAGUGGCUCGCCGGAUCAGGAUGAUGAUGAUGCGGCUGGCUUGCACCAUAUCCUCCUUAGCCAAUCAAUGACCGGAUGUGAUGCAGCUGUUUCCUGCUCGGGAAACCUGACUCCCAUUUCCCGUUCAUGCGGGUCCACAUACCCCCAAGCCCCUCUUGUUCUGUUGGAUCGUGUCGAUCAGGCCACAGGAAGUCCAUAACUGGGACAGGAAGUUACAUAGACAUUCCUCCGUUCUACCGGAGUGACUCAUUACUCAGGGAUGACGUCAUCAUGGUCUGUUUCCACUGGAGUGCCAAAGGAAAGUGUGUCACAUGAGGAAGAGAACAUGUGUGUGAGGGGAACAUGACGUGUGUUUUUACACACUGACUGACCUCUCUCUCUCUCUCUCUCUCUCUCUCUAGGAUCCUGUUCUCCACUCCUCUAGCAGUGGUCAGUUAUUUCCUCAUCUGGUAUGUUCCUCCGUUUGAGGACGGGAAGGUCAUCUGGUACCUGGUCUUCUACUGCCUCUUCCAGACCCUCCAGACGGUGAGUCAUCUAGUCUACUGGCUGGAAUGGCGUACUGGUAGAGCAGCAGUUGGGAAAUUCACACACACACACACACAAACACAAACAUCCACUGGAAGGCCUACAACACACACAUCCACUAGGAGGCCGACGACACACACAUCCAAAUUAGUCGUACAAGAGCUGGACCAGAUGUAUAGAACAACACAAACACAGUACAAUCAGUUUUAAGUUGGGAUACAUUUUUAAUGUGUCUCAUAACAUUCACUCUCUCUCUCCAGUGUUUCCAUGUGCCCUACUCCGCUCUCACCAUGUUCAUCAGUGAAGACCAGAAGGAGCGGGACUCUGCCACUGCUUACAGUAAGUCCCUUAACACACUAUUUAAUAUACACGGUCAAUACAGCGCUUAAUACUAGGUAGUAGUGAUGGGAACCGAUAUGGAAAAUCUGUAUCCAUACAAGUUGCAUUUUCUGAUUUUUUAUUUAUUUUUAUAUCAGGUUUAUAAAUAAUAUUGCAGCUGUGUUCACUUUCAAGGCUCUGUCCAGACGACAGUUGGUUGGUUGCCCACUGGGCCAAGUGUGAAUACUCUAGGAGACUAAACCUACCUGACCAGUUUGAAUACAAUGAGAACCCCAUCACCCAUUAAUGCCACAUCUUCAGGCCAUUUAAGUACGUUAAGUUGAGUCUGCGAGUUGUCCCUAACAGGUUGUUAACAGGUUGCAAGGAUAAACUGAUAUCACGAUACGCCUUGCUCAAACUGUAUCAAUAUCACAUUGAAUUAUCGAUAUUGUUGCCCAUCGCUAGUAAGUAGUCUACGAGUUUGGAUAUUGGGACACAAUCCAAUUAAUCAAUAAUAGACAUAUUAAUAUUUAUACUAUGCCAUUUAGCAGACUCUUUUAUCCAAAGCGACUUAGUCAUGCAUGCAUUGAUUUUACGUAUGGGUGGUUCCGGGAAUUGAACACACUAUGCUGUCAUUUUCAAGCACCAUGCUCUACCAACUGUGCUACAGAGAUGAUCAUUGGUGUUUUUUUUUGGACAGAAUGGAAAGAUGAGCAUUUGUUGGUUUGAGUAAUCUGUAUGCUUCUCUCAUCCAAUCAGGAAUGACGGUGGAGGUUCUGGGUACUGUGAUUGGCACAGCCAUCCAGGGUCAGAUUGUGGGCAUGGCCAACGCCCCCUGUAUCCUGGCCCCUGGUGACAAUGUAACGGCCGAGGGGCUAAACUCCUCCCUGCUGCUGGGACAGGAAGUUAACGCCACGGUCAUCUCUCCCGACAUCACACUGGACCAGACGGUACACACACACACACACACACACACACACACUCACUCAUACGCCGAUACACACGCACACUAUAGUCCACUAACCUGCUGUCCCUCCAUCUAUCUUCUGUUACUAUGGUCCACUAACCUGCUGUCCCUCCCAUCUAUCUUCAAUCAAUCAAUCAAUUUUAUUUUAUAUAGCCCUUCUUACAUCAGCUAAUAUCUCGAAGUGCUGUACAGAAACCCAGCCUAAAACCCCAAACAGCUAGUAAUGCAGGUGUAGAAGCACGGUGGCUAGGAAAAACUCCCUAGAAAGGCAAAACCUAGGAAGAAACCUAGAGAGGAACCAGGCUAUGAGGGGUGGCCAGUCCUCUUCUGGCUGUGCCGGGUGGAGAUUAUAACAGAACCAUGCCAAGAUGUUCAAAAAUGUUCAUAAGUGACAAGCAUGGUCAAAUAAUAAUCAGGAAUAAAUCUCAGUUGGCUUUUCAUAGCCGAUCAUUAGAGUUUAAAACAGCAGGUCUGGGACAGGUAGGGGUUCCAUAACCGCAGGCAGAACAGUUUAAACUGGAAUAGCAGCAAGGCCAGGCGGACUGGGGAUAGCAAGGAGUCACCACGGCCGGUAGUCCCGACGUAUGGUCCUAGGGCUCAGGUCUCUCAGUUGGCUUUUCAUAGCCGAUCAUUUAGAGUUGAAAACAGCAGGUCUGGGACAGGUAGGGGUUUCGUAGCCGCAGGCAGAACAGUUGAAACUGGAAUAGCAGCAAGGCCAGGCGGACUGGGGGCAGCAGGGUGUCAUCAUGCCCGGUAGUCCUGACGUAUGGUCCUAGGGCUCAGGUUCUCAGAGAGAAAGAGAGAACGAGAGAAUUAGAGAGAGCAUACUUAAAUUCACACAGGACACUGGAUAAGACAGGAGAAGUACUCCAGGUAUAACCAACUAACCCCAGCCCCCCGACACAUAAACUACUGCAGCAUAAAUACUGGAGGCUGAGACAGGAGCGGUCCGGAGACACUGUGGCCCCAUCCGAAGAAACCCCCGGACAGGGCCAAACAGGAAGGAUAUAACCCCACCCACUCCGCCAAAGCACAGCCCCCGCACCACUAGAGGGAUAUCCCCAACCACCAACUUACAAUCCUGAGACAAGGCCGAGUAUAGCCCACAGAGGUCUCCACCACAGCACAAACCAAGGGGGGGGGGCGCCAACCCAGACAGGAAGAUCACGUCAGUAACUCAACCCACUCAAGUGACGCACCCCUCCCAGGGACGGCAUGAAAGAGCACCAGCAGGCCAGUGACUCAGCCCCUGCAACAGGGUUAGAGGCAGAGAACCCCAGUGGAGAGGGGAACCGGCCCGGCAGAGACAGCAAGGGCUGUUCGUUGCUCCAGCCUUUCCGUUCACCUUCACACUCCUGGGCCAGACUACACUCAAUCAUAUGACCUACUGAAGAGAUAAGUCUUCAGUAAAGACUUAAAGGUUGAGACCGAGUCUGCGUCUCUCACAUGGGUAGGCAGACUGUUCCAUAAAAAUGGAGAUCUAUAGGAGAAAGCCCUGCCUCCCGCUGUUUGCUUAGAAAUUCUAGGGACAAUUAGGAGGCCUGCGUCUUGUGACCGUAGCGUACGUAUUGGUAUGUACGGCAGGACCAACUCGGAAAGAUAGGUAGGAGCAAGCCCAUGUAACGCUUUAUAGGUUAACAGUAAAACCUUGAAAUCAGCCCUUGCCUUAACAGGAAGCCAGUGUAGGGAAGCUAGCACUGGAGUAAUAUGAUCAAAUUUCUUGGUUCUAGUCAGGAUUCUAGCAGCCGUAUUUAGCACUAACUGAAGUUUAUUUAGUGCUUUAUCCGGGUAGCCGGAAAAUAGAGCAUUGCAGUAGUCUAAUCUAGAAGUAACAAAUGCAUGGAUUAAUUUUUCUGCAUCAUUUUUGGACAGAAAAUUUCUGAUUUUUGCAAUGUUACGUAGAUGGAAAAAAGCUGUCCUUGAAACAGUCUUGAUAUGUUCGUCAAAAGAGAGAUCAGGGUCAAGAGUAACGCCUAGGUCCUUCACAGUUUUAUUUGAGACGACUUUACAACCAUCAAGAUGAAUUGUCAGAUUUAACAGAAGAUCUCUUUGUUUCUUGGGACCUAGAACAAGCAUCUCUGUUUUGUCCGAGUUUAAAAGUAAAAAGUUUUCAGCCAUCCACUUCCUUAUGUCUGAAACACAGGCUUCUAGCGAGGGCAAUUUUGGGGCUUCACCAUGCUUCAUUGAAAUGUACAGCUGUGUGUCAUCCGCAUAGCAGUGAAAGUUAACAUUAUGUUUUCGAAUAACAUCCCCAAGAGGUAAAAUAUAUAGUGAAAACAAUAGUGGUCCUAAAACGGAACCUUGAGGAACACCGAAAUGUACAGUUGAUUUGUCGGAGGACAGACCAUUCACAGAGACAAACUGAUAUCUUUCCGACAGGUAGGAUCUAAACCAGGCCAGAACUUGUCCGUGUAGACCAAUUUGGGUUUCCAGUCUCUCCAAAAGAAUGUGGUGAUCGAUGGUGUCAAAGGCAGCACUAAGGUCUAGUAGCACGAGGACAGAUGCAGAGCCUCGGUCUGACGCCAUUAAAAGGUCAUUUACCACCUUCACAAGUGCGGUCUCAGUGCUAUGAUGGGGUCUAAAACCAGACUGAAGCAUUUCGUAUACAUUGUUUGUCUUCAGAAAGGCAGUGAGUUGCUGCGCAACAGCUUUUUCUAAAAUUUUUGAGAGGAAUGGAAGAUUCGAUAUUGGCCGAUAGUUUUUUAUAUUUUCCGGGUCAAGGUUUGGCUUUUUCAAGAGAGGCUUUAUCACUGCCACUUUUAGUGAGUUUGGUACACAUCCGGUGGAUAGAGAGCUGUUUAUUAUGUUCAACAUAGGAGGGCCAAGCACAGGAAGCAGCUCCUUCAGCAGUUUAGUAGGAAUAGGAUCCAGUAUGCAGCUUGAAGGUUUAGAGGCCAUGAUUAUUUUCAUCAUUGUGUCAAGAGAUAUAGUACUAAAACACUUAAGUGUCUCUCCCGAUCCCAUCUUCUGUUACUAUGGUCCACUAACCUGCUGUCCCUCCCAUCUAUCUUCUGUUACUAUGGUCCACUAACCUGCUGUCCCUCCCAUCUAUCUUCUGUUACUAUAGUCCACUAACCUGCUGUCCCUCCAUCUAUCUUCUGUUACUAUGGUCCACUAACCUGCUGUCCCUCCCAUCUAUCUUCUGUUACUAUGGUCCACUAACCUGCUGUCCCUCCAUCUAUCUUCUGUUACUAUGGUCCACUAACCUGCUGUCCCUCCAUCUAUCUUCUGUUACUAUGGUCCACUAACCUGCUGUCCCUCCCAUCUAUCUUCUGUUACUAUGGUCCACUAACCUGCUGUCCCUCCCAUCUAUCUUCUGUUACUAUGGUCCACUAACCUGCUGUCCCCCCAUCUAUCUUCUGUUACUAUGGUCCACUAACCUGCUGUCCCCCCAUCUAUCUUCUGUUACUAUGGUCCACUAACCUGCUGUCCCUCCCAUCUAUCUUCUGUUACUAUGGUCCACUAACCUGCUGUCCCUCCAUCUAUCUUCUGUUACUAUGGUCCACUAACCUGCUGUCCCUCCAUCUAUCUUCUGUUACUAUGGUCCACUAACCUGCUGUCCCUCCCAUCUAUCUUCUGUUACUAUGGUCCACUAACCUGCUGUCCCUCCCAUCUAUCUUCUGUUACUAUGGUCCACUAACCUGCUGUCCCUCCCAUCUAUCUUCUGUUACUAUGGUCCACUAACCUGCUGUCCCCCCAUCUAUCUUCUGUUACUAUGGUCCACUAACCUGCUGUCCCUCCCAUCUAUCUUCUGUUACUAUGGUCCACUAACCUGCUGUGCCUCUCCACUGUCAACUACAGAAAACAGCCUACAUGAUAGCCUCUGGUGCCAUCUGUUCCAUCUACGUUCUCUGUGCCGUGGUGCUGUUCCUCGGAGUCAAGGAGAGGAAAGGUAAAGCAUUUAUCUACCAGCCCUCAAAUCAACAAACCCUUAUUGAUAUUUCAGAGGCAUUAUGUGUUAACUCUGAGUCAUUCAUUUCCAUGUACCUAUUGGAUAAUGAUGAACUCGUGAUGGGGGGGGGUUCCCCCGAUAGCCUGCCGGUCUUCUAAACACGCCCACUCACUCGUGUGGAUGUUAUUGAGCUCUACAGUGUGGUGUGAUGAUGACUCGGUACGACGCUGUUUCUGUCUCCUGUGUCUAUGGGCUGUGGCCCUGCUGGCUUGAUGCUCUAACCAAUGAGGGUUUACUAGGAAACGUACUUGUCAUCCCCUGAGUGACUUUUUUACAAUAGGCUGAUUCCUAUCAAAUUCAGUUAAGGGGAGUUCUUCCAAAAAAACGGAAUCUGUUAAAUAAGAGGUAUUAUACGCAGUCUCCUAGUGUUUUUAAUUUGUAUAAAUAUUUUAGAUUAUAUAAUCAUUCCUCCUAGAACUCUCUCACCCUCUCUGAUGGGGGAUAUCCUAAAGUUGAAACACAUUUUGACAUAUUAUUAGGUUAACUUUUAUAUUACAACAUCCUCUGUCUCUCUCUCUCUCUCUCUGUCUGUCUCUCUGUCCUCCCCCUCCAGAGUCGUCUCGCCCCCGGUCAGAGCUCAUGUCGUUCUGGGAGGGUAUCAGACUGGUGAUGGGCCAUGGACCAUACGUCAAGCUGGUCAUGGGCUUCCUCUUCACCUCACUGGCUUUUAUGGUGACUACAGCGGCUAUAUAUAUAUAUAUAUAUACACACACACACUUUUGCUCUCUGCAUUUGCAUGUCUACAUACACCCAUAUGUAUUUACAGGUCAGUGAAGCAUAUUACACACAAACAUUUGAGCGUGAAUGUUCCAUAUCCACACACGCAUGCUCUCUCACUAAUGCUUACACUAGUGUUCACAAUUUGACAUGCACUUAAUGGUGAGUGAUGACACACACACACACACGUUUUGUAGAAAUGUCACGUUGUGGUGUUACAAUAUCCCGGUCACUGACCGUAACCUCACCUACAAUAAAACUCAACACAACCAUAAAGCUAACCGUCAAUAUGGCCCCGUGUUAGGAUAGGCUGUCUGCCACCACUCUGCUCCUUGAGAGAGAGAGAGUGUGUGUGUGUUCUCUUUUAUUUAUGUGGUCUCUGGGCUAAGCCGCCCGUCGUGUUAAAGUUUAGUCUCCAGCCAGCCAGCGCUUGGCGCCUGUGUGGGGGCCAGUCUUAACUGAGCAUGUCUGUUUUCUCACUCUCUCUGCAGCUCCUGGAAGGGAACUUUGCUCUGUUCUGCUGCUACACUCUGGGUUUUAGGAACGACUUCCAGAACAUUCUACUGGUCAUCAUGGUGAGGACACACACACACACACACACACACACACAGAGCUGAUGCACACAAGUGUCAAUGGCCUUUAUAUAGUCCCAUGUAGCUCAGUUGGUAGAGCAUGGCGUUUGCAACGCCAGGGUUGUGGGUUCGAUUUCCACGGGGGGACCCCAGUAUGAAAAUGUAUGCACUCACUAACUGUAAGUCGCUCUGGAUAAGAGUGUCUGCUAAAUGACCCCCCCCCCAAAAAAAAUGCAGCCAGAUUGAGACUCUUUUCCCACAUCAUUCACUGACCUCUAUUGUUAGUGCAACCUUGACUGAACCACUGGAGACAUUCAGGAGGUUUUCUAUACAAAAGAGCUGUCUCUCUCUCUCUCUCUGUAUGAGAACAUGCGUAGUGUCAGGUUGUUGCCCAGUGGGAACAGGCUGUUCACUUUCACUGGCCUGGUCUGAAUACCACAGAUCAAAGUAAUGAGCAGCUACAAGUAUACCAGCCUGUUCCCACUGGCCUGGUUCGAAUACCAGCCUGUUCCCACAGACAUUUACCCUCUGCUGUAAAAGUCUCUGUCUCUCUCUCCCCAUUGUCCCUCUUCUCAGUCAUAUGAUUAAACAUACUUAAUGAAGUCUUUAUCCUGACAGGAAUGUAGUUGGUGAGUGUGGCAGUUUAAUCUGAGACAGGACCUGACUGCAGUACAGUAGGCCUGUGAACUAUGGGAAACUCACCCACUGGUCAGUGAGUUCGAAAAGCUUAGUGCUAAUUCGAUAAAUAAAAGGGAAAAUAUUACUGUCUUAAUAACCUUUCCUUUAUGUAAGAUCUUAGUUGUAGUAGAAUGACCUUUAGGAGUUAGUUAUGAUUUUAUUGACUUAACUCAGAUCUAGGAUCAGCUUACCCUCCCCUAAUCUUUACCAUUAGGCACAGAUCUAGCCAGCAGCAGACCACCCUGCAUCCCACUGCUGGCUUUCUUCUGAAGCUAAGCAGGGUUGGUCCUGGAUGGGAGACCAGAUGCUGCUGGAAGUGGUGUUGGAUGGCCAGUAGGAGGCACUCUUUCCCCUUAAUGCCCCAGGGCAGUGAUUGGGGACAUUGCCCCAGGGCAGUGAUUGGGGACAUUGCCCCAGGGCAGUGAUUGGGGACAUUGCCCUGUGUAAGGUGCUGUCUUUCGGAUGGGAUGUUAAACGGGUGUCCUGACUCUCUGUGGUCACUAACGAUCCCCUGGCACUUAUCGUAAGAAUAGUGGUGUUAACCCCGGUGUCCUGGCUAAAUUCCCUAUUCUGGCCCUCAUACCAUCAUGGCCACCUAAUCAUCCACAGCUUCCAAUUGGCUCAUUCAUCCUCCCUCCUCUCCCCUGUAACUAUUCCCCAGGUUGUUGCUGUAAAUGACUGUUCUCAGUCAACUUACCUGGUAAAAGAAGAGAUAAAUAAAAUCAGCUUCCCCAAAUCCUUACAUUUACCAUUGGGCACAGCUCUAGGAUCGGCAUCCCCUCCCCUUAAUCCUUAGCAGUGUCUCGGGGCAGCUUCAUUCUACAUUCACCUCUUCGAAGGCCAUUAAGGGUUCUUAACCUGUUUCUUUAUUGUAAAGGUCAAUGUGAUUCAGCACUACAGCCUUCACCAGGUCUCCCUGGCCUCACUAAUGGGGUCACUCCAGCCUUUUUAGCAUGGAUGUCACUCCAGGUGGCUUGGCUCCUCUUUGGUCAAGGGCACAGUCUUCAUCGCUACACUGUUGGGCAAUAGUGUAACUCAAUAGGGUUGCCAGAUUGGGCAAUAGUGUAACUCAAUAGGGUUGCCAGAUUGGGCUGGGCAGAGGGAACACAGGACAGGGGGGGGGUGUUACACAAACGAGACCUUGUCCCCAAUGCAGAGGAAGUUGGUUCAUGAGGAGGCAACAAGACAAAAGGACCUUGUCUCUGGUCAGCGUCCCCAAUGGCCCCCUAUUCCCUAUAUAGUGCACUAUAUAGGGAAUAGGGUGUCAUUUGGGACUGCCUCUUUGUUGUCAAGCAGCACUUUGUGAAUCUGCUGUAGCCAGUAGUCUUUCUAGUAGUCUUUGUGGGUGGUGGUUAUGCUGCUAGUCGAGUGGUGAGCACAGACAGGACAACAGUAGCCUGUUGUGUUCAGGACAUGUGAAUCUAUUCACACAGAAAUACAGUGGGGAGAACAAGUAUUUGAUACACUGCCGAUUUUGCAGGUUUUCCUACAUACAAAGCAUGUAGAGGUCUGUACUUUUUAUCAUAGGUAUACUUCAACUGUGAGAGACGGAAUCUAAAACAAAAAUCCAGAAAAUCACAUUGUAUGAUUUUUAAGUAAUUAAUUUGCAUUUUAUUGCAUGACAUAAGUAUUUGAUCACCUACCAACCAGGAAGAAUUCCGGCUCUCACAGACCUGUUAGUUUUUCUUUAAGAAGCCCUCCUGUUCUCCACUCAUUACCUGUAUUAACUGCACCUGUUUGAACUCGUUACCUGUAUAAAAGACACCUGUCCACACACUCAAUCAAACAGACUCCAACCUCUCCACAAUGGCCAAGACCAGAGAGCUGUGUAAGGACAUCAGGGAUCAAAUUGUAGACUUGCACAAGGCUGGGAUGGGCUACAGGACAAUAGGCAAGCAGCUUGGUGAGAUGGCAACAACUGUUGGCGCAAUUAUUAGAAAAUGGAAGAAGUUCAAGAUGACGGUAAAUCACCCUCGGUCUGGGGCUCCAUGCAAGAUCUCACCUCGUGGGGCAUCAAUGAUCAUGAGGAAGGUGAGGGAUCAGCCCAGAACUACACGGUAGGACCUGGUCAAUGACCUGAAGAGAGCUGGGACCACAGUCUCAAAGAAAACCAUUAGUAACACACUACGCCGUCAUGGAUUAAAAUCCUGCAGCGCACGCAAGGUCCCCCUGCUCAAGCCAGCGCAUGUCCAGGCCCGUCUGAAGUUUGCCAAUGACCAUCUGGAUGAUCCAGAGGUGGAAUGGGAGAAGGUCAUGUGGUCUGAUGAGACAAAAAUAGAGCUUUUUGGUCUAAACUCCACUCGCCGUGUUUGGAGGAAGAAGAAGGAUGAGUACAACCCCAAGAACACCAUCCCAACCGUGAAGCAUGGAGGUGGAAACAUCAUUCUUUGGGGAUACUUUUCUGCAAAGGGGACAGGACAACUGCACCGUAUUGAGGGGAAGAUGGAUGGGGCCAUGUAUCGUGAGAUCUUGGCCAACAACCUCCUUCCCUCAGUAAGAGCAUUGAAGAUGGGUCGUGACUGGGUCUUCCAGCAUGACAACGACCCGAAACACACAGCCAGGGCAACUAAGGAGUGGCUCCGUAAGAAGCAUCUCAAGGUCCUGGAGUGGCCUAGCCAGUCUCCAGACCUGAACCAAAUAGAAAAUCUUUGGAGGGAGCUGAAAGUCCGUAUUGCCCAGCGACAGCCCCGAAACCUAAAGGAUCUGGAGAAGGUCUGUAUGGAGGAGUGGGCCAAAAUCCCUGCUGCAGUGUGUGCAAACCUGGUCAAGACCUACAGGAAACGUAUGAUCUCUGUAAUUGCAAACAAAUGUUUCUGUACCAAAUAUUAAGUUCUGCUUUUCUGAUGUAUCAAAUACUUAUGUCAUGCAAUAAAAUGCAAAUUAAUUACUUAAAAAUCAUACAAUGUGAUUUUCUGGAUUUUUGUUUUAGAUUCCGUCUCUCACAGUUGAAGUGUACCUAUGAUAAAAAAGUACAGACCUCUACAUGCUUUGUAAGUAGGAAAACCUGCAAAAUCGGCAGUGUAUCAAAUACUUGUUCUCCCCACUGUAUAUAUUUUUUUGUAGACACUGCAAAUGUUUUAAUGCUGGAAGGAGAACGAUACUUGUCAGGCAGUGGGGUGCAGACGGUUCAAGGCAAACUAGAUGCAGAUUACCUUGUGGUAUUGCCAGAUUACCUUGAUGUUGUCAUGACUUGCCUUCACGGGCUGAGGAUCAAAGAUGCCGGCUAGGCAAAAGUUUGAACACCCCCCUCUCCUGGAGGCCAGUUUUAUGACCGGUAGUAAGUACCGUGCAGACUCUCUUCCUUGCCAUGAAGUAUUGGGAGAAAGGACCCCUUUGUUAACACAGAGAUUCUUCUCGCCAAAACUCCCAACAUCCAAAAGUUGAUAAUGAAACAACAUUCAUACUUCAAAGAAUGUGGGAAAUGGUCGGUGGCGACUUAAAGAACAAUCAUGUCAAAUUCGUUACUAUGUUGUGAUGUCAUUAAAGACGGUGGAACAACAUAACUGUAUCUCUGGGGGGCUACACUUCCCAGUUAUGAGGUUUGCAUCUAAUUGUUGUAUAAAACAAAUGAUUAAGUAUAAUAAUACUUUUGUGACGAUAACAAUGUGAUUUUAGCAUUCUAGAUGAGAUUGUUUACCAGGCGGUUGGUUAAUAGACCAAGAAGAAAGAGUUCCAAACCUCUCUGCCAAUAACAGCUAUUCUUCAGUUUUCCCCUCCCCACUCAGACCACUCCCCCACAGUCCUAGCAAAAUUAAUUACUCUUGUUAAGAAACUAUUUUUGUUUUGUUUUUGACCAUUUUUUUUUUUUUUUUUUUUUUGAAAACGGUCACAGUCAGGUACUUAAUUGUUACCCACAAAUCAUUUGAUAUUGAGAUUUAAAAAAAACAGCUGCAUUGGACCCUUUUUUUAACUUCGGUUAGAAUUUUGGGAAGCAGUCUUCCCAUUUGUAGAAUGUCUACAUUAGGAAGACUGGUAAAUCCUAAACGCAAACCAGACUGAACUGCUGUUUUGGUUUGAAGUGUUUUGUAGUCUGACCCACGUUACAGAGGCUGAACAUGACAUAAUGGCUGCAUCCCAAAUGGCUCCCUAUAUAUUCCCUGGUCAAAAGUAGUGCCCUACAUGCGUAUAUCCAGGCUGCAUCCCUAUAUAUUCCAUAUGUUCCCUGGUCAAAAGUAGUGCACUACAUGCGUAUAUCCAGGCUGCAUCCCUAUAUAUUCCAUAUGUUCCCUGGUCAAAAGUAGUGCACUACAUGCGUAUAUCCAGGCUGCAUCCCUAUAUAUUCCAUAUGUUCCCUGGUCAAAAGUAGUGCCCUACAUGCGUAUAUCCAGGCUGCAUCCCUAUAUGUUCCCUGGUCAAAAGUAGUGCCCUACAUGCGUAUAUCCAGGCUGCAUCCCUAUAUGUUCCCUGGUCAAAAGUAGUGCCCUACAUGCGUAUAUCCAGGCUGCAUCCCUAUAUGUUCCCUGGUCAAAAGUAGUGCCCUACAUGCGUAUAUCCAGGCUGCAUCCCUAUAUGUUCCCUGGUCAAAAGUAGUGCCCUACAUGCGUAUAUCCAGGCUGCAUCCCUAUAUGUUCCCUGGUCAAAAGUAGUGCCCUACAUGCGUAUAUCCAGGCUGCAUCCCUAUAUGUUCCCUGGUCAAAAGUAGUGCCCUACAUGCGUAUAUCCAGGCUGCAUCCCUAUAUGUUCCCUGGUCAAAAGUAGUGCCCUACAUGCGUAUAUCCAGGCUGCAUCCCUAUAUGUUCCCUGGUCAAAAGUAGUGCCCUACAUGCGUAUAUCCAGGCUGCAUCCCUAUAUGUUCCCUGGUCAAAAGUAGUGCCCUACAUGCGUAUAUCCAGGCUGCAUCCCUAUAUGUUCCCUGGUCAAAAGUAGUGCCCUACAUGCGUAUAUCCAGGCUGCAUCCCUAUAUGUUCCCUGGUCAAAGUAGUGCCCUACAUGCGUAUAUCCAGGCUGCAUCCCUAUAUGUUCCCUGGUCAAAAGUAGUGCCCUACAUGCGUAUAUCCAGGCUGCAUCCCUAUAUGUUCCCUGGUCAAAAGUAGUGCACUACAUGCGUAUAUCCAGGCUGCAUCCCUAUAUGUUCCCUGGUCAAAAGUAGUGCCUACAUGCGUAUAUCCAGGACUUGAUUCCAUAUGUUCCCUGGUCAAAAGUAGUGCACUACAUGCGUAUAUCCAGGCUGCAUCCCUAUAUAUUCCACUGGUCAAAAGUAGUGCCCUACAUGCGUAUAUCCAGGCUGCAUCCCUAUAUUUCCCUGGUCAAAAGUAGUGCCCUACAUGCGUAUAUCCAGGCUGCAUCCCAUAUAAUGUUCCCUGGUCAAAAGUAGUGCCCUACAUGCGUAUAUCCAGGCUGCAUCCCUAUAUAUUCCAUAUGUUCCCUGGUCAAAAGUAGUGCCCUACAUGCGUAUAUCCAGGCUGCAUCCCCAUAUGUUCCCUGGUCAAAAGUAGUGCCCUACAUGCGUAUAUCCAGGCUGCAUCCCCAUAUGUUCCCUGGUCAAAAGUAGUGCACUACAUGCGUAUAUCCAGGCUGCAUCCCCAUAUGUUCCCUGGUCAAACGUAGUGCCCUACAUGCGUAUAUCCAGGCUGCAUCCCUAUAUGUUCCCUGGUCAAAAGUAGUGCACUACAUGCGUAUAUCCAGGCUGCAUCCCCAUAUGUUCCCUGGUCAAACGUAGUGCCCUACAUGCGUAUAUCCAGGCUGCAUCCCUAUAUGUUCCCUGGUCAAAAGUAGUGCCCUACAUGCGUAUAUCCAGGCUGCAUCCCUAUAUGUUCCCUGGUCAAAAGUAGUGCCCUACAUGCGUAUAUCCAGGCUGCAUCCCUAUAUGUUCCCUGGUCAAAAGUAGUGCCCUACAUGCGUAUAUCCAGGCUGCAUCCCUAUAUAUUCCAUAUGUUCCCUGGUCAAAAGUAGUGCCCUACAUGCGUAUAUCCAGGCUGCAUCCCCAUAUGUUCCCUGGUCAAAAGUAGUGCCCUACAUGCGUAUAUCCAGGCUGCAUCCCCAUAUGUUCCCUGGUCAAAAGUAGUGCACUACAUGCGUAUAUCCAGGCUGCAUCCCCAUAUGUUCCCUGGUCAAACGUAGUGCCCUACAUGCGUAUAUCCAGGCUGCAUCCCUAUAUGUUCCCUGGUCAAAAGUAGUGCACUACAUGCGUAUAUCCAGGCUGCAUCCCCAUAUGUUCCCUGGUCAAACGUAGUGCCCUACAUGCGUAUAUCCAGGCUGCAUCCCUAUAUGUUCCCUGGUCAAAAGUAGUGCCCUACAUGCGUAUAUCCAGGCUGCAUCCCUAUAUGUUCCCUGGUCAAAAGUAGUGCCCUACAUGCGUAUAUCCAGGCUGCAUCCCUAUAUGUUCCCUGGUCAAAAGUAGUGCACUACAUGCGUAUAUCCAGGCUGCAUCCCUAUAUGUUCCCUGGUCAAAAGUAGUGCACUACAUGCGUAUAUCCAGGCUGCAUCCCCAUAUGUUCCCUGGUCAAAAGUAGUGCCCUACAUGCGUAUAUCCAGGCUGCAUCCCCAUAUGUUCCCUGGUCAAAAGUAGUGCACUACAUGCGUAUAUCCAGGCUGCAUCCCUAUAUGUUCCCUGGUCAAAAGUAGUGCCCUACAUGCGUAUAUCCAGGCUGCAUCCCUAUAUGUUCCCUGGUCAAAAGUAGUGCCCUACAUGCGUAUAUCCAGGCUGCAUCCCUAUAUGUUCCCUGGUCAAAAGUAGUGCACUACAUGCGUAUAUCCAGGCUGCAUCCCCAUAUGUUCCCUGGUCAAACGUAGUGCCCUACAUGCGUAUAUCCAGGCUGCAUCCCCAUAUGUUCCCUGGUCAAAAGUAGUGCCCUACAUGCGUAUAUCCAGGCUGCAUCCCUAUAUGUUCCCUGGUCAAAAGUAGUGCCCUACAUGCGUAUAUCCAGGCUGCAUCCCUAUAUGUUCCCUGGUCAAAAGUAGUGCACUACAUGCGUAUAUCCAGGCUGCAUCCCUAUAUGUUCCCUGGUCAAAAGUAGUGCCCUACAUGUGGAAUAGGGUUCCGUUUCAGACUCAACCCUUCUCAGAAAUGGACUGGGAAAAAAAUAUGGACAAAACUAAAAUGGUAAUACCACCAUUUUCUAUAUGAAGUGUUUUGACUAAAUCCCACUCUUCUUUGCCUUGUCUUGUCUCCAGCUCGCUGCGAUGCUCACCAUCCCCUUCUGGCAGUGGUUCCUCACCAAGUUUGGCAAGAAGACGGCUGUGUACAUUGGCACCUCGGUAAGAAUAAGCAUAAUGAUCACACAGCACCAUGCCAUAGUCCAGGCUUUACCAAACCCCCCCCCCCAGUUGCACUUUUUAGUUUUUGCCCUAGCACUGCACAUCAAAUUCAAAUAACCAACUCCUCAUCAAGCUUUUAUUUGAAUCAGCUGUGUAGUGCUAGGGCAACGUUUGGAAAACCCUGCCUUAGUCCACGGAGACAUGCUUUAUUGAGCCAGGGCCUCAGAUGGGGAAACACUGACGGCAACAUCUUUGGGCCAAACAAUGGUGCAGCCUGACAGUGGAAAUGCACCAGUUGAGGUUAUUUCUUGUCAUUUCUUGCGAUAGAAUGGGUCAUACUGCUUUCUCUGGUACCAGUCAGUAACCAAUGACCACAGUGAUUUUUUUUUUUUUAUAGCGCCACCCUUCUGACUCUUGUAAUUAUAUGCCUGACUCUAAAAAUAAUAAUAAUGAUGAUCCAGGUGGUGUGUAGUAAUGAUGUUGAUGAUGAUCCAGGUGGUGUGUAGUAAUGAUGUUGAUGAUGAUCCAGGUGGUGUGUAGUAAUGAUGUUGAUGAUGAUCCAGGUGGUGUGUAGUAAUGAUGUUGAUGAUGAUCCAGGUGGUGUGUAGUAAUGAUGUUGAUGAUGAUCCAGGUGGUGUGUAGUAAUGAUGUUGAUGAUGAUCCAGGUGGUGUGUAGUAAUGAUGUUGAUGAUGAUCCUGGUGGUGUUAUAAUAAGGGGUUUCUGUCCUCUCUGCAGUCUGUGAUACCCUUCAUGAUCCUGGUGGUGUGUGUGAAGAGUAAUCUCAUCGUUACCUACACCGUGUCGUUCGCUGCCGGGGUUGGAGUCGCUGCUGCCUUCCUGUUGCCAUGGUGAGUUGGAGUUUUUCUCUUACCUUCGACUCUCUCUUUCUCUGUCUUCGCUCGCUCGCUGUCUUCUCACCAUCUCUCGCUCGCUGUCCCUCAUGUUUGUAACACUAUCUCCUAUGUGUCUCUAGUGUUUGGUUGUUUGUGGACAUCGCUGACUCUGUCUCCGUCUCUAGGUCCAUGCUGCCAGACGUGGUGGAUGACUUCCAGGUCAGGAACCCACACUCUCAGGGCCACGAGGCCAUCUUCUAUUCCUUCUAUGUCUUCUUCACCAAGUUUGCCUCUGGAAUCUCCCUGGGGAUCUCUACUCUCAGCUUGGAGUAAGUUUACUCUUCAUCAGCAGAGAUGCAUGCGCACGCACACACACGCACACGCACACUCACACACUCACACACACUCUCACACACACACACACAGUACACUGGAAUGCAUCUCUGCACUUUCUAAGUAAAACAAACACACCCACACUCUGCCCCCCCGCCCACCCCCCCCCCCCCCCCCCCCCCCGGCCCCUGUCGUACUGUACAUAGAUAUGAGAGGAUAAGCCAACCCUACAGUCUCCACUUCAUAUGAUUCCUCUAACUCUCACAUCCAAAUCAGUAGUGUGUGUGUGUCACAUGAACCUCUUUUUGUUAGCGUGUUGAUCAGUCAUGCGGUUACAUUAAUUUGUACAAUCGACCUCUAACCUCUAACCUCGUGUGUGUGUCUUGUUUUGUUUGUAGUUUUGCUGGGUAUAUGACUCGAGGUUGCACCCAGCCUGAGAACGUGGAUAUAACCCUAAAGGUUCUGGUCUCCGCGGCGCCCAUAGGACUCAUUCUGAUUGGCCUGGUCUUAUUCCGCUCUUAUCCAAUCGACGAAGAGAGGAGGCAGGGCAACAGGAAGCUGCUUCAGGAGCAACGGUAAGACUGGCGUGUCUGAUUGGGGAACUCGGGCCUCGUACCCCAAGCAUUCUCUGUAUAUCUGAAAGGAUUGGAUAGAUUGCCAAAUUCCGCUCCUUGCCACUCCUUGACAUGCCUGCUACUCAUAAAGUACAUUUUGUUGUGAACUGUUCAGGUAUAUGACCUGCUUGUAUGUGUCAUGUCUAACCCCUGGUCUCUCUGUUCUGUUCUCACAGGGAAAAUGAGGCAGACUCAGAAACCGACUCCACUGCACUGACCAACAUGGUGUAGGUUCUAGAACACUCAUGGACCAUUGGGGUGACACUGUUGUCUGCACUGGGUGGGGCUAACGAGGGCUGGACCUAUCACGACGGAGAUGCUGCUCCCAUCCAAUCAUACUACUGCUGCUGCUCAGACGUCUCAGAGUGCCUGUCGUCAUGACGAUGCACCAGGGCAAGGAACAACAAAGUAUCUUAUGGCGACAAAAUCAUAAGACGGACGGAUGACCUUCCUGGUUCAAUUCCAGCCCACUUAAGCUGUGACAAACUUCCUCAACAGAGAAAAGGCAUCCUAUGCGGACUCAAUAGGCUACUGUAAGACACAGCCUUUUUGUUGUCAUCUGUGAAUGUUGCACAAAACCUUGAAAUGUGAUGCGUGCUGUUGUUUACCAUUUAGUGUAUAUUGAAUAUUGCCAUCAGAACUUUAUCUAUCAUGGGUACAAUUUUCAAAAGCUCAAUACUUUAGACACACUGCACUAGAACAAUCUUUUACACCCCUCAUGUGUCCCUAAUGGGGAAAACUUGAACGGCCGUCUUUUUCUUGGGUGAAGAAGACAGUUUAAUAGCUCAAUAAAAUGGCUUUAUGGUUUAGCUCUUUUUUCAACGGGGUUUACAUUUCAGAAGCCAGACAAAUUAUUUUGAUAUGUACGUAUGACAUUUUUAUAGAAUAUUAGUACAACUAUUAUACAUGUUUCUACCGACUUCAGUUUGGUACCGUCUUGAUUGUUAUGUACGAAACAAGUCAGAACCCUAUCUAGCAGUGAAAGAUUCUCAACGUCUGGAAAAAGUGUGAUUUCAUAAUUUAGUUCCUGUUUGAGACGUUUAAGACCCUUGUCUACAAUUUGACACUUUACAAUGGAGUUAUCUUAUCACAUGUUCCUUUUUGUUUUACAAUGUGUGUUCAUGCAGUUCGAAACCAACUCCUGUUGUUUCCUUCCUCACUUUUCAUUGGCUUAUUCAACAGGGGUGUAUUCACUAGGAAGCAAAGGAGGGGGAACCUACCUACCUACCUGAAUUUGUCCAAUAGAAACGUGUUUUCAUUGCGAAACAUUUUGCUACGGUG